AGACUCUCAGCAGCGCUCCGUCCUCUCCAAGUGAUGCUCGUCGGCGGCGCAUAUCGGUGGGUCCUCACCGCCCGCUGCAGGGAGCAGAACCGCACCGGGUCAUUUUUCUCCCUCUGGAAACUCGCACGAAAGAACGAACAAGGCAUGGGAAUUUAACGGGGCUGGUGAUGAAGAGGAUAACACGACAAGGAAGCUCUCAAGUCCCAUCCGAGAGAAGAGGGAGAGGGAGAGGCGAAGGAGGAAGAGGAGAGGAGGGAACUCCGGAGAACGGUCCCGCCGGGACGGGUGCAGGCAGAACAGCAGCGGAAGGUUUUUUUGUGCUCUGAAUAGUUGGAAAUGAACUCCUGAUGCCUGCUUUUACUGUUUGUUUGUGAAGCAUACAGAGGAUUCUCAGAGUUGGCCGGUGCAUUACUGUGAUGGAGUGAAUGAAAGGAGGGCGCACUGUAACUUCAGCCUCGCCAUGAAAUCAGUGAUUUUCAGUCGUUUCUUCAUCCUGCUGCCUUGGGUCCUGAUUGUCAUCAUCAUGAUCGAUAUCGACACUAAAAGGGCGAUCCGGGUCCCAGCAGCAGGUCGGAUGGGAAGGCUGCAGAGGGUUGUCCGGACUGGCGCACCGGGGGUCGGCGGAAACCAGAACCAGUCCUCCUUGCCGGUGAUCUACGCCAUCACACCCACCUACACCCGCCCGGUGCAGAAAGCGGAGCUGACCCGCCUGGCUCACGCCUUCCGCCAGGUGCCCCGGUUCCACUGGAUCGUAGUGGAGGACUCGACCGCGCGCACGGACCUGGUAGCGCGUUUCCUUGCCCGGAGCGGUGUGCCGUUCACGCACCUGCAUGUUUUCACCCCACGCAGGUUUAAACGCGCCGGGAUGCCGCGCGCCACCGAGCAAAGGAAUGUGGCUCUCGCGUGGCUCCGGCAGCACCGGAGCAAGAGGGACUCCGGGGUGGUUUUCUUCGCGGAUGACGACAACACGUACAGCCUGGAGCUGUUUGACGAGGUAAGAAGCCUCACUGUCAUCCUGUCACCUGCUCUGACACUCUCUAUCCUGCUCUGUCAUCAUGCGGGUUGCAGCUGCAGUCUCCUUCCUCAACUGUUGGCUGCUCAAAUACAAUUAAGUGUGUGAAUCUCAAAACCAUGAACAAAACUUAAGAUGUGUCUUGUGAAGCUGUUGCGUGGACUCAUUGCUUCUCCAACUGUUCCUGCAUCCUACCCCAAAAUCAGAAUAUUUGCAGUUUCAAUUAUCGUCUCAUGACAGAAACAUAAAGUUACAAUUACAAGACCUAAUUUUGAUCUGUAUAUAAGUAGGCUAUUAUCAGCUUUAUUAAGGAUACUACAACAUAAUACAUCAAAAAGGACUCAUGUCACACUAUUAUAUGCCAUGCAUGUCCUGUGACUACUUUACAAUAUACAUACAUUUUAAAAUCCUGUCACUUGUCAAAAUACAGCCCUGCCUGUAGAAAUUUAAGUUUUACUUUUGAUAAGAUAAGAUAUUCCUCUAUUAUUCCAAAAGAGUGUCUUAACUGGAUGUAUUUAGCUUACAUAACAUUCGCAAAUGCUGAAAUCCCUUUGUGAUUAGUGUGCAUUCACAUUUUCUGACUAAAAUGAAAUGUCAGCUUAUCAUCUGCAGGGUACCCACAGCAGUGUUUUUAAGUGGACAAAUUUGAAACAGUAGUGUCAGUAAUUUUUUUUAAAUGUCUCUUGUUUUGAGCUCAUGCUUUAGCUUUACCGUGUUUUAUGAUAACUGGGCCAGUUUUUGUUUUGUCAAUAACCUUCAAACUAAAACAUUACCUCUUUCGCUAUGAUAUAGUUCAAGAAAAUGAUCUAUUUUCCCCUUUUCUGACUUGACUGUUUUCAGAUUAAGAAAUGUCAUUUGGGCAUUUGUUAAAAUAGGAUAAAAACUACACUCAAAUUCCUCACUUUGAUGGGAACCUCUGACCCAAAAAAGUGGCUCAUCAACCACAUUUCCUUUUCACCUGAGAGACUGUUGUCAGUUCAGUAUUUUCCAGCAGUCAAAACCAAUAGGAGACAUGGAAGUGAACGGUAUAUUCACAGUAUAUGGAAAGACAAGUGAUAACUGAAAUGAGAAAUAAGAAAGAUGAAAAGGAGCGACAAGACAGGGAAUGAGGGAGAAGGAUGAUGUUGCUCUUGUUUGGGAUGGUUUUGCUUCAGGGUCUCUGAAGUUCUGCACAAUUCCUACCAUCAUAUCUGCUCAGUGUUGAACUGACUCACUUGCCAACAUGGUGAUAAUUUGCAGGAUUUUAUUGUGUGUAUGUUUUUUUUUUCUUGAUUAUGGUGGGAGGAGUGUCUCGCAUUUUGUCUGCAGUAUUUUCCAGACCUGAGAUCUAUUUUAAAAAAUGUCAAGUUUUAAAUUAUGUGCAGAGUUUUGGGAAUGGCAGUGAUUGAUAACUGCAGGUGCCAUCUGCACAGGCUUUGAUGGCUUUAGUAGAAUCCACUGAGACAGAUGUACCAGUCAAAUAAAGUCCACUGACAGUGCGUGUUUAUGCUUCUGAAUCAGCCACUGGCUCAGAUUUUACUGGAAGUGUCUCACCACAUUAUUAGGAUCCCUGUCAUUGCAAAGAUAAAUCUGAUGUUUCUUUUUAAAACCAAAAAGCUGUUAAACUCCUUUUUUUUAAGCUACCAGACUCCUUCAACAAAACUGGUACACCUGGUAUUCUAUGUUAUAGUUAGACUGAUGUUUGAAUAACUUGUUUAGGGUCAACAGGAUACAGACGCUCAUAAAGAACAAUAGUGUGAAGCAGGUACAUCAGGAAGCCAGGUGUUAAUGCAAAAUCAAGCUUUUUGUUAGCCCUCUCUGAAAAAAAAAAAGAUGGGAAGCAUAAGGGGUAGUUAAAACCAAAUCCAAGAUAGCAGCCAACCUAACUCUUUGUUUGUGAGGUCUGAAAUUUAAUGUUUUAAGCAUAGACUGUAUAUAGAAUGGACAGCGUCUGCCUCCUCGCUGGGUGAACUCACCCUGAGAACAGCACACCCUGGUGACGGGCUGCAGUAUAGGUCAUAAAUCCCAUGUCUGCCAGCCAUAUUAUUAGGGGUUUCGUGUUUUUUUAUGAUUGACACUUGAUACAGCCAAUGGGUGUACAAAGAUUGCUUAGCUCACCCGGGGGAUUCGCUGUUUGAGCUGAGCAUCAUCACAGUGACUCUUGGUGAUUCUCCUGCUGAAUGCGUACAAUGCUACUGUGCAGGUGGUGGAGUGCGUACAACGCAACUGCCCAAUGUUGGUUUCAGGAAAUGGAGGAAAAAUCGUGGAAAUACCGAGAGAUUUUUGGCUUCAAAUCCGCAGCUAGCCUUCACUUGGGGCAGCUAGCUUCCAUUAGCCUUGAAGCAGCUAGCUUCCUCCAGCCCUGCAGCAGCUAGCCUCCACUAGCCCUGCUACAACUAGCAACAUGCAUUAUUUAGUGCAUAUGACUGGUUGCUACCACUUAAUUCUUAUCUUCCAAGUCCUGCAAGUCCUAUGUCAGACAGAAAUUUCAUGUUACUGUUCAAUCAUCUCUCUCCCUCAGCAGUUAGUUUGAAUCUCUUGCUCUGAAUUUGGAGCUUCUCAAUGGCCACUUUCUCACCGUUGCAGGCUGCUAUAGACCCCCCUCUACUAAUAGUGAGACUUUAUCAUUUUUGAUUUACUAGCUUUUGACUUCAGACUUCAAUAAGAUUCUUCUCACAGGAGAUUUGUUAUCACUGGGAUUUGUUAUCUUCUGUUUCUGAACAUUUUAAAUCUAUUUGGAAUUUUUUUAGCUUAACACAAAUAGUUGAUGGGCCAACUCGCCCUGACCUUAAAUGUCCUGAGAAAUGUAUUUAUUUUUUUUACAAAUAUUAUAAGGGAUCAUUGUAUUGUAGCCACUAUCAGACAAGCGAAGCUCCCAAAAUCAAGGUCACGUAUUAUUCUUAGGCUUGAUUAUAAACGUUUCUAUGAGCGUUUUAUGAUGCUUGUAGUAUUAAGAAGCAUGGUCCUCUCUGCAAAUUUAGAGUGAAGGGUAGAAACACUCCUCGGUCCUCUCUUGAGUUGUCCAGUCUCCUUACAGCAGGGAUGAUGCCUGGGCUAACGCCAGAAAUUCUAAAUCCCAGGGUGACUGGCUGAUAUUCAAACAGCUCAGAAUUUCCUUUACUCUCCUUGUUAAAAAGGCCAAGUCUGAUUUUCAUGUUGAUAAAACUACUCGUGCCCUAAAUGAUCGUGGGAAGAUUUAGAAAGUAGUCAGAUCUUCAUUUGAAGAUGAAACCACAGACCAGUUGCCUGCUCGUAUAGUAAAAGAAGCACAUAUUCUAGCUGACAAGUCAGCCAUUCUUAAUUAUCUUAAUGAACACUUUUUUUCCUCAGGAUCUCUAUUUGAGUCCUCACAUCCACAUCAAUCUAAUGUGCAGGGGGUUUGCCCUCAAUCACCACCCAUUAAUACUAUGGCUCCAGGAUUUGAUCAGACUUCUUUUGAUGUAGCCGAGGUCCAUAGGGAUUUACUGCAAUUGGAUCUAAGUAAAUCUGCCAGACAUGAUGAUCUCAAGCCUUUCUAUUUGAGGUCAGCUGCAGACUUUAUAGCAGAAUCUCAUGAAUCAUAUUUUGAUCUUAUUCUUUCUGAAAAUGAGAUUCUGAGAAUAUGGAAGUCUGUUUAUGUUCUUCCCUCUGUAGUUAACAACUCUGGACUGAUCUAAAAUUGUGUCACUCUUGAUAAAGAGGUUUGAGAUCUUGGUGAGAUUUUUGUACCUGGUUAAAUAAGGACAUGUUGAUGAACACAGUGGAACCAGAGAACCGUAUAACCUACUAGCUUUGUCCGAACAUGUUUGUCAAUUGUUUGAGUGCAUGAUGUUCAAGGUCAACCAGGUGACUAUCUAGUAACAAGGAGCAUACCCCCACCUACUGAAUGAAUUGAUUCUUGCCCACAGCCUGUAAACUGAUGCAAGGACGGGAGUCCACUUAAAUCACAAAACUGUGCAUGUAAACAUGCUGGCUGAUCAGUCCUCCUUUGUACUGACGACACAGUCAGUCUCUCAUACGCUGUGAUCUGGACUUUGAGGUGAUGAAGAAACUUAAACCAUUAGCAGCAUCGACACUACAGUCCUGUCGCCUCCACAAACACACAAACACUGAGUGAAUUUGUCUCUGAUUGCUUACACUGAUUACUGCCAGCAAAGACAGCUGGGCCUAAUCUGAAACUGCUGUAAUUUCCUCCAGUAAUAAAAUGUUCAGAGAGCAAAACAUUUAGAUUGAAGCCCCAGAUUUAGAUCUGCAGCAGGGAGAAGUGCAAAAACUGAAGGAAUAUGCUGAUUGUGAUUACCACAAAGAUAGACUCAACCUCACAGAGACUGCCUGAAUGAUUGGUGAGUCUUGACUUGGUGGUCUGUAAUGGUAAUGAACACAUUCAGAUAAGUCUUCUUAUCCUGAGUGUUUUAUUGUCGUGUGCAGGAUAACGAUUUUAUGUUUGCCUGACAUGUGCGGGUUUGAUACGGCCUGUUUUACAAUGCGAAUGAUUUUAUUUGUGAUGGGAACACAACAUAAGCCAAGCUGAGACUGGUUCUUUAAGAUAACCAGUAAGAUGGCGGUAUAAUGGUCAUGAGUUUAAGAGCUGUAUUUACCAGUUUCUCAAACUGCAGAUCAAUUUGAAUGUUUCUCUUUUUAUCAACAAGUCCACUCAUGAAGUAAAAGAAAAUACUUUAACUGCCCACCAAGACUCACAAAGAUCAAACUUAAGUCUUAAAAAGCAUUUUGCAAAAGUUCAAGAUUAAUAUGUUUAUCCAUAUUUUUACAGCAACUACAUAGACUGGGAAGAACGGGGAUGCAGUCUUGCUCAGUAUGUUUAUAUUUUGUUCAAAACAUUUGAUUCGGUCCAUCAAACACCAUCACGAAAGAAGGCAGUCCCUUUCAUAAAAGCUGGAGAAAAGCCUUGUGUACACACACAAACAACAGCAGGACUACUACACACAGCUUCUGACUGGCAAUGCAACAACAUCGCUCUCACCAGACAUGAUCAUUACCUCUGAGGCCUUUUAAAACAUCUGAUCAUGCUGGGACUCACAGUGCCCAGGGAAGAGUGUUUAGAGUACCAGGAGCUGGUGGAGGAGUGCAGGGGCAGAAGUUGGAGCACAUCCAUAGAGGUUGGCUGCACAGGCUUUGCAGGCCAGUCACUCUGUAGUGAAAGAGAGGGGUCUGGCUGCAGACCUCCACUGUCAGAAACCGGAAGUUUGAAACCUUUCAAAAUAAAAGCAAGUAUACCGAACAUACUUUUUUCCGUCUGAAGUUGAUUCGAAGCCUUUCAAAUUAAAAGCGAUUUGACUGAGUAAUACACAUUUUUUGUCUUGCGCCAAUAUAUUUUUUUUCUUGGGGCUUUAUUUUAUGUAUAUAAUGUUAAUAUAUUUUUUUUUUUGUGUACUCGUGUUCAACAAAGCGUAAAUACAAAAGGGAUGACCACUUUGAGGGUUAGUCUACAGAUAAAAAACACAAACUUAAUGUACAGCUAUUGUUAUGAUCACCUUAAAAACAUAACUCAAAACAUUAAUUAUUUCACGCAUAUUUUGAUUUAUUCAGUAAAACAGACAGCUGUUAGUUUAGUUUGCACUUCAAAUUUGCUUAAAACAAUAAAUCUCGGUUAAAACACCUUAAUAUAUGUGAUGCCAUAAUGUAUCUACAUUCAAACUGCUGACUGCUCUUUGCUUUUAUACCAUCUAUCCUUAAUAAUAUCUCCUUCUGCACUUUUGGGUCACCUCGGGUCCUUACAGUGGAGCAGGUCCUCACAGUAGAGGUCUACAACGAAGGGUCCUGACAGUGAGGGUCUGUAGCCAGACUUUUAAGCAAAUUCAUUGCAUCGGUUCGAUGCGUUAGCCAAACCCAAACAAACCCAAGUGCUCUGAGUCUGCUCUGCAGUUGGCAUGCCAGGUGUUAACCCAGACAACAUCAAAGUUCUGUGGGACCUUGGUGGUGAACAAAACCUAAACAGAGGAAGAAGACAAAUCUGUGGAAGAAUACUAAAGAAAGAUGCAGAGCUGUUGAGCUGUCUGUGUGUUCUUUGUUCCUCAUUCAACCUUUUAGCCUUUGCUAAUCUGUCUGCUAAUAGUUUUGGUUUGUUAUGUUAUGGGUCAACCGGGAAGUUGCAUAUCACCACGUCCCACCAUAGCAGAGGUGCAUAUAUACAUAGUCGAUGCUUAUAAACUUGGAAAAGCCAGUCUUUGUAAUCCAGGUAAACAAGUGAAUUUAAGGUUGGCCUUUAGCCAUCUGGCAAAGACCUGCAACACACCCGCCCACCAUGUUCCUCCUAAUUAUGCACAAUAAUUGGACUAAUCAUGAUUUAAUUGGAUGAGUUAUGAACAUUUACUCUUGUCGUUAACAUGUUUAAUUUUUCUGUGGAGAUGGUUUUCCAGUAUGGAACCUUAAAGAGUGUCCUGUGUGCGUUUGAAGCAUCAAGUAGGCUCUCGAGGAACUGCUGGUGUCUGCUCUCCUACAGUCACUCUUAUUUGUCAACACAGGGGUUGCUGCUGGGUCAGUCAUCACUAAUUCCAAACAUGUAUCCAGGAUGGAAGUACAUUUUGUGCCUCUGACCCAAAAGUCUUUUUGCUGCAUGAUGCUGUGGUACUGCAAAUGAUUUGCCCUGCAGCUUGUAGAGCAUCUUCAGAAAGCUGUUUCUCUUCUUCCACUCAGGUUACCUUUGCUCAUGAUCUAUGUGACGCUAUAAAACAUUUAUAAAGUUUAUCAAGUUAUCUUGGUGCUCAAAUUUAAAACAGAGCUUUAGGACCACCUUAGUGAAAAGAGAGGAAACUGAGAUUUUGAGAUUAAACUCAUACAUUUGUGAGAAUAAAUUUAUACUAUGAGGAGGAGUCAUAAUUUUAGCCUUGGCUAGCUUUUAUAUCAUGUUAAAGGAGAGAGGAGAAGAGCUGCCUGCAGCCACCUGAAGUUAAACUUCAAUGUAAGAGGCAUAAAAAAUAAAUCUGUAGUAUUUUACUCCUGUCACAUUUAACCUGUUUCAUAUCGGGAUCCUUUACCUCAGUUGGAUGAUUGAGUUUAUACUGUCCCACAAUGCUGCUGUGCUGAGGUAAUAUAGGGGAAUAUAGUAUCAAAGGGAAUGAUCCUCAUGAAGAGACGCUGGAAAUGUAGAAAACAUGGGAAAACAAGCAGUGAAGGGUCAAGAUGAGCUUGUUUAAAUGAGGCUCUUGGACCGCUGCGGUUUAAAAAAGAGAGACCUCAAUAUAUGUUUUGUUGUUUUUUUUUGUAGUUUUUUUUUAAUGCAAAUUUAUCACAUGACUUUCCCUCCUCAAAAAAUGAUGAAAAAACUGUGAGGCAGCUUCAAAUAGGUAAAAAUGAGUCUUGCGCUCAGAUUCAGUUGAUGGGAAGGAUGACCUAAGCUUCUUUUAAAACCUGGAUGGUAACCCAUUGUGCUCAAAGACGUAAAAUUAGACAUUUAAACUGUGUUUUAAGAGGCUACAAUUAGCACUUUGUUAUUAUAAGAGAUGACAGAGUCAAGUCUAAUAGUAAUAAAUCACAGCCUUUAAGCCCUAUAUAUCAGAGUUUAAGCCUUAUACUGUAUAUCUAGAGAAAAAGUUUGUGUCAGUGUUUGCAAAUCAAUACAUUAAUGAACCAUUUGUGAUUGUUCAGAACUGGAAGCUGAUAAUUCUGUAAAUUUAUGUGUUUUUUUAUAUUCAAUCCAACAGUCAAAAAUCCCGUGAAAGCGACUGCCUUUUGUAAAUCCCUACAAACCUUUACAAGAGAAAGAAAGAGAGGGUUUUAUUUUCCUUUUUUUUUUUACCAAUUGAAAGGAUAAAUUGAUUAACACAACAGGUGCUUAUAAUUAACAUUGUUUUACUUUUCAAAACUGGACAAAAGGCCAUAAAGUGAGGCAUAUUUAUAAAGACACUUCGUGGGUAAGACUGCAAAGUCUCAAAAAUCCAUUUGUUGUCCAUUAAAAACUUAAGGUUGCUUUAUAGCUGAAGGCGGAACUCGAUUAUAUUGACCAAAUGUGUGUAUAUGGACAUCAAUGUAGAAAUCAGCUCGAUAAGCAGAGACAUAUUGUUACAUAUGAACACAUAAAAUUCAUUAUUAUGCAUCUUUGAAGCAAUAAAUCCAUAAGUCCAUCAUUGUUCGCUGAAGUUGAAUCAGCCUGAAUGCAGCACCGCUCUUCUCUCCACUGGGUGAAGAUAUUCAGCCCAAAUUAGAAUCAGCUGCUGCUGACUCACUUCUUUGUAUCCCUGUAAGCUUCACUAAGGUUAAAAACCAUAGACUUUUUAUAGAAUAGUAUAUACAGUCUGUGGUAAAAACCCUCCCCAUCGUAUAUCCAGUAUACUGCUCUGAGUCCACUCUGACACAUAGUUUCAGUGUUCGAGUCUUUGCCUGGGGCUGAGUGUGAAGAGCAUCUGUUUGAUUUGUUGAUAGCACACUGUCUCCUCUCUGUCCUGCAACCUAUUUCAUUAGCUGGCUCCUCUGUGCAGGUAAUGGCCUGUCAUAGAGCAAUAAUAGGCUGUCAUACGGCAGUAAUAAUCGGCAGAAACUGUCUGCAUGCUGCAGACCUAUGGCAGUCACUGUGUUUAUGGUGGCUGGCAGCUUUAGAUUACAUACCUUCACCUCAGGAAGAAAAGUGAUGAACAAUUGUGCAACUGCAGUAUUAUUUUACCUUGAUCUGUUGUAACAUAUAGAAAUAUUUUGGGAUUUUUCUAAGUCUCUUUAAAGGACUGAAAAGCCUGCUGCAUUUAAACACUGCCAACAAGAGUUCAAUGUCUUGAUAAUGACAACCAAAAAUGACCCUCAAAGCAUGACUACACAAAAUCACAGUCCUCACACUGUUUUAUUUCCCCCUGCUGAGUGAAUUUUUAUAUAAAACUCUACAAAUCUUAAUGACUAAAGUAAACCCAGGCAUUAGAAGAUUUGUGUCAUUCAACACCUGCCUCUGGAGAUUAGGCUUUACUUAGCACGGCAGGGAGCGAAAUAGAUUUGAACAGCACAGCGGGUCACAUGUGUAUUGGUGGCACUCAAAACGGUGCCAGAAAUGUUGUUUACACUGGCUGCACAGCUGUGUUAUUUAGGGGAAACACAAAGGAGGAAUAGAGGAAUAUAAACUUGUGAAGAUCCUAACUUCCUCUGAAAGCAAACUGUCUUUCAAAGACGUCACAUCUGGAGAAAAAGGCCGGAGAAAAAAAUCACUGGACAGCAGAGUUGUUGUGCUCCCCUGCUGUCUUAACUCUAAUUUGAAAGUCAAAUCUGUGACGUUAAGAUAAAAUCAAACAUUUUAAGUGUUGAAUACAGUUGAAGUUUUGCUUUGUUUUCCUUAAUCAGUUGUUUUUUCCCUCACAUUUUGUAAUUAUACAGCGCUCUGUUUUAUUGGGAUGAUACACUCAGUAUGUCUUUUAAAAAAUGUGUUCACAGCUCAUCUCUUUUCUUCAUCCUGCAAUUUGUAAUAAGGCAGUAAUUUUUAGCGGUGCUAGCUGCUAGUAUGAGUUUUGUUAGUUUUUUUAACAGGAUAGAUGAUUGGCUGCCUAUCAGGGGUUGUAAACAGACUCUCACCCUCAUGAUCUGGAUAAAAAAUCAUCCAAUGACAACAUCAGAAUGCUUCGUGAUCACCGGAUAGUGACUUGGCAUUACCGCAGCUGAACUGCUGCUGGUUAAUACUCAUUGCCCUUAAGAGGGAUGGUCUGCUGUUAUUAGUGGAUAGGGCCAAGGGUGAAGGGUUAAACCAAUUCACAAAAAUUAAAGAGACAGAUACAGCAGCUUAUUUAUCAGGUUCAUCCCACUGCAUAAUGCUCACAUUGUAACGUAUUGCUUGUGAAUGUGAGACUUCAGAGUAGGGCUGGAUGAUAAAACAAUAACGAUAUAUAUCAAAAAUUGAUUUCCCUCGAUAUCAAUGUAAAACAUGGUCAAUAUGCUUUUCAAGGGUCAGCAUUCUGCCAUGUUUUGGUAGACUGUACAAAUAGCCAAUGAAAAGGGGAGUUGCUCUGGGUCCACUUUGUGCUGAACCAAUCAUGUGCUGAAUUAAAACAAAGUAGCAAACAACUGCGUAGUAGCAGGCUGCAGCUACAAACAACCAUAGCAUUUUAACAUGUGGAGCUGACAGCACUGUUGGUAAGAAAAAAAGAAAAAGAGUGCUACCCCCGACAGAAAUGCCGAUGAAGACUCAACAGAUGACGACAUCGCCGACAACACUGGCACGAAAACAUUGGUGGUGUGGAGGUAUUCUGGUUUUUUGAGGUCGGACAUAAAGCAGAGUAAUGUGCACUGCAAAUUAUGUCAAGGACAUGCUCUCACAAAGUCGGGGAAUACCUCAAAUCUUUUUCACCACCUGAAGCAGUGCCACACGGCAGAGCAUGGGCGAUGCAAAAGGUUACAAACCCCAAGCGAAGUAGGGAGCCCAUGGUCCCUGUUCAACUGAAACAGCCGACCAUUCAGCCUGCUUUCUCUAACGCAACGCCUUACGAAAAAACGUCAAAGAGACACAAAGACCUCACAGAUGCAGUAGCUUAUUGUAUUGCAAAAGACAUGCUACCAAUAAGCACUGUUAAAUUCUAUGUAAGAGUAACAGGGAGCAUUUAAGAUUGACAAGUGAUUCUUUUAUAUCGUGAUAUAUAUAUAUAGAUAUCGUCUGAUAUGAAAAAAAAAUCACAAUACAUUUUUUCCCAUACCGCCCAGGCCUACUUCAGAGGCAGUGGGAGUGGGUUGAAUCUGCUCACAGGGCCCCCAUAGAGGUCUUAAAAAACCAGCUCAGGUCAGCUAAGUAAAAGGUGCACUAGCUAGCAUUGCCAUGAGGACUGAAGCCUGUGCACAGGGCUUGUACUUGAACCUUUUGGCCAACCAGCACCCGGUAUAAUUAGAAGUCAAAAUAUUUCUGCUCAUUAGCAACCACAGAGUCGGCAGAGUAGAGAUGAUUUUUACAUGGAAAUAUGUGCAACUGUAAUUCGUCUAAGCUGUGUGUGCGUGAUGUUACUGAUUUCUCUUUAUAUACAUGUUUGACCUGAGUGUGAAUCGUUGUAUUCAAACCCUGGCAGGGAUCAGCCCCAUGGGCCAAAAUGAGUUUCUUAAUAGUAUUUGGAUGUUUUCUUCGGUUUUGUUGCUGCCACAGAGCAAAAAGCGAGUCAUCUCUGACCCGCAAUUGCCUAAUUAUCAAAUAAGGAACCGCUCGCUGGGCCAGAAUUUAGCCUCAUACUCGCUCUGAGUUGUUGAUUACAUGAAAGGAGCUGCCCUGGCUUUUCUGCUGCAAACUAGCACAGAGUAAUGAGCACGAAGAUCCCCCCUCACCACCACCACCACCACCACCUCCUGAAGCCCUCAUGAAAAAAACAUUGGUAUGAAGCAAAUGUUUAACAAGCCCCCUUCUGCUUUUCUUCUCCUCCUCACUGCAGAGUGAGAGCGAGGAGAAGUCAGGUGGAAAGGCAUUUAGCAUUAACAGUUAAGUUAAAGGGUGGAUUCUCCGUUUCCGCACAUUAGUCGGCUCUCAGAUUGGCAUGGUUUAUUAUGCACGCAACACGUUCCAGCUGAGUCGCCUCCCAGCAGUCAAUAGGGUGUCAGAAAACGCAAGACUGCUCAUUUCAUGCCGCCCAUGCAAUUACACCUUGAUUGCACACACACUUCUUCCUGUGGAUUCCUUGAGGUGAUUUUGCAUUUUGCCUUCAGGAGCUGGGCUGCAUCCACACUCCCUCGCUGCAGACCACAUUGUCACAGUGUUUUAAAAGAAUAACUCUUCACCUUUAGCCUGUUUUUUCCCCCCCCUACCAUUAGACAGACUUAUUAAACAGCAUUUAGAGCAUCAAUGGUCGGUAAAACUUCUUUUAUACCGUCUAUAAUUAAAUUCAUGCGGGGUUAGAAAGUCCCUUUGCUGCAGUGAACAAGGUUUAAUGAGGACUUUUGGGGUAUUUUGGUCGAAUUUCUCCCAUAGCAGUGGAGGGAUUUCUCCAGAGGGAGAAAAUCUGUGGCUAACUACAUAAAAAUUUCACUUUGUGGGUCCAGUUACAAAAGAGCUGUUCAUCGAUGCUGUAUCAUCUACAGUCUUGCAGCCUUAGACACAGAUCCCAGCAGGAUGAUACUAUAUAGCUUAAAUAACAAGCUACCCUCAUUACAAGGAGACCACUUUUUUAUCAUCAUCAAUUCUUAGAGAAUGACGUUUUUUUUUAAGGCCAAGUGGUUUUUUAUUUAACAUACGUGAUGUCAAGUAAAAACAAUGAUGACACAAACCCUGGAUUUAAAAAAAAAAAAUCAAAUUAUUACAUUUAACUGGAAUGUAAAAUGAUCAUGUAAGUUAAUAGAGCUACACUCAGUGACGCCAUAUUUCUUUAACAAUAAAUUGACUAACAAUUAGUCAGUUUAUUGUCCCUGGGGGUUGAUUCAGUUUCAUUAAAAAAACUGUUUAAAAAAAAAAAAAAACAUGACAAGUCAUGCUGCUUGCAUUUUGCUGUUGUGGGCCUGCAUGCUUUUCUUCUCUGUCCAUCUCUCUUUCUUCAUAUCCUCUAUCAGUCCAUCACUCUCUCUCUGUCUCUGUCAGUCUCCCUUUCCCCCCUCUCUAAACCCAGAUCGGUGUCAGCAGACGACUGUCUUAAUAUGAAUCUGGUUCUGCUCAAGGUUUCUUCCUCGUCACUGUGAUCUGCUAAAUGCUGCAAACAAAGUGCUACAAUUAUGUGGUUGAAGAUGAAGGAGAAGAGAUGAGAGUGGGUCUGAUGUAACAAUAUGGGAAAGAUUAGUUGAUUUUUUUUCUGGUGAUAGAAUGACUGAAUCAGUCAGCAUGAUUCAAGGAGAAAGAAGUGGUAGCUACGGGCAUGGUAAGUUGUGCUUAGCCUUAAAACAAUGGCAGUUAGUGAGGAGAGUAGCAUGAGUGCAGCUCCAGAAGCGGCAAAAUGUGCUCACCUCAAAGGCAUAUUAUGAGGACUUUGUUGAAGUUCAUGUCACAUAGAAAUGGUCUGAUAAAGUCGUACUGAUUCUGUUGUCUUUGGACUAAAACAAGGUUGACAUUAAUAGGACUACUUCCUGUCCAGCCUAGGUUAUGUAGUCUAAGCAUACUAUCAUGUAUGCUUUGUGAUGUUUAUUAGCUCAUAAUCAAUGUAGAAGACAAAACUGUUCAUCCAAUCACCUUGUUAGGUUCUUUGAAAUGCUCCCCCCUUCCCGAACACAGUCCCUAUAGUGUUGCCUGGAUGGAUGUGAAAUAUAUCUUGUGUCGUGAUCAUGUGAAACGCUCAAUCAGGUCAGGCCUGAUAAUGAAAAGGCGUAAAUGCAGCCUCUCUCUCCGACCAAUCCAACCCCCACAUGAGGGGCCUAUAAUGGGCACUCAACCAUGGCCUGGACGAUUUUUUCCCCCGAGUUACCAUAGAGGCUCUGUAUGGGUGGGCUCAUGGGGGUUGAUGAAGGACCCUUAAAGGGGUUCUAUGUAGGGCCAGUUAUGUAUGAAUGUGACCUAGUUGGGAUCCAUCCAGGGCCUAUGUUCACUGCAUAAAUGGUGUGUCUGUUUCAAGCCAGUGUGUAUUGUUUGAGGUUGUCCAUUGAGGCCUCAGCCUGAAACAAGCUUAGCAAAACCCUUCACCCAGUUACAGCACAUCAAGCUCAACAUGGUUUGUGCCUCAGAAUUUAUACUAGGAUGGUUAAACUUAGCAAACAAACAAAAAUGGUCCUCUUAUUUUGAGUAAACGUGUCUCAUUUUAUUUAAUGAAGUCACAUCCACCAGAAAAGUCCAGAAAAUAGCUUUCAAGGUAUUAAAGGGAUAUUCCGGCGUAAAAUUAAGUUAGGGUCAAACACACCCUAACACAGACUUAGACACCCCAUCGAGAGAUGAAUGUUGCCGACUGCUUGUUUCUCUAGUUAUACCAACUUCAGUAAUGACUGCACAAUAGCAAUACACAGCGGUGUUAGGAUCCACACGCACAUCUCAACCAAAAAGCCACUCUAUAGCUACAAAUAAUGCUCAGAACAGCACCUAACUUCACCAACAGUAAAUAUAGUGUCCCAGCCACAUCACUAGCCAUCAAACAUCUUUUUUAACUUUGCCUGAUUUCUUUAUCAAAGAGACCAAACACAACUCACCUACUCUCUUCCAGCAGCAGCUUGUUUGUACAGAGACCUCAGACAAGUCCAUUAAGGACUGCAGCAGGGUGAUGCAACUCGAGGAAGAACAUUUAUGAAAAUGCCAAACAUAAAAACUUCACUCUUUUUAAAUAGUAAAAAGAAAAAAGUAAUAAUAACCUGUCAAAAGGAUAAGAAAAAGAAUCACAUUUCAAAUUUCUUACAGUAAGAAAAUGAUAUUGAAAGUGUUUUUUUUCCUAAUUUUUUACUGAAAUCACACUGAAGUAAGCAUUUAUGCCAUUAGAGCUUACUGCACUGUUUCCUGAAUAAAGUUGUCUAUUCGAACUUGGCUAGAAAACGUGCAAUCAGGAUAAUUAAGCUGUGUCUUUUUAUCCUCCGUCAUUCUUGAAAAGCUGACUAUGAGGAUGAAGGCUUUUCAGCUGACGGCAGCAUGGCAGAGCUGUUUGAUUCAGCUGCAGCAGCCUGUCAGCCUGGCGAGACUUCGUCAGACCUUUUCUGAAUAAUUGAACUGCCCCCGGCCCUGAGAGCUCACCAGCAGUCAAAGCAACUAUUUUGGGGAGCAGGUACUUACGCAAAUGCUCUGUGCUGAAGUGUGACUCUAGGACACCUUCUUCUGCUGGUUCCGUGCAGGCUCCAAUGUUCAGUUUUUAGUCUUCAUGUGGCGUGACUGCUCAGAGGCUGUAACAAUAAAUUGAGACGUGUCACUUCUUUGGUUACUCUGCUUUGAAAUUAAUGGAAUUUUGAUACACUUUCCAGGAGUUAACUUCUUCUUCCUCCUUUUAAACCUCCUACUGGGCAGUCAGUGUGAGUCUGAAAGCUGAUAAAGAGGGUAUAUUUCCAAAGGUCCAAAGGCACACAUGCAAACAUUAGGGGUGAAUUUGAUAAAGUGCCGAGCAGCUGACUCCAGGCCAGAGAACUGCCGGGCGAUGAGGGGCCAGCACAAAGAGAAGCUACUGGGAUAAAAGGACCAGUGCAAAAUGGGAAAUUGAAUUUCCUCAAACCCCUAUGAGCAAUUAUCUUAAUUACAGUGUAGCGGGGGAAGCCAAGAUGGUGUGGGGGUGGGACGGGGGAGCUGUAAUGUCAGGGAAGCGAAGCAGAAAGGAGACGAACCUUGUAGAGAGAAAUUGUCCGUGGUCGGGUGGGUGGAGGGAUAAAGAAGGAGGGAGAGAGGAAGGUGACGGAAAGGUUGGAGGCUUUUAAGGGCCGGUGUAAUUGUUCAAAUGUGUAACGCACCAGCACUCUGCUUUUCCUGCUGCUUUUUAUUCCACCUGGAACUGCAGUUUAACAACUAAACCUCCUUUUUCUUUCUCAUAAAUCCUGUUUUUUUUGUUCAUUGCUGUGGUCAAGACACAACACAGGAACUGAAGCUGCUGUUAAAGGAGAACUGGCAUAUUUACUGAUCAGCUCUAGUAUGGAUUACAGUUUAAUAAAAUGAUAUACCAGAAAUCUGUUUAAAAUCUGAUUUUUUCUUUGCAUAGGCCUCAUCUCCACUUAUAGGUAAUUUUUGAGUGUUUCACGCCCACAGUAUGGACCAAUCAUUACCUGUUUACCCAAGAAGUGUAAACAGCAUAAUCUGAUACCCUUUAUCAGCUAAAGGCCGUUAUUGGUGUAUGAAAGAUCGAAUGAACAUAAAAUAUACCUAUAUACGGUAUACUCUAUAUAGGUUAUAUAUCACAUCUGUGCAUGAGUAAAGUAUGCAAGAAGACGCAGAUAUGGAGGAAGACUAAAACAACAAAAUGAAGAAUACAAAUGUUCUUCAUUUUAAGAGCUGGGCACACUUCUGUUAAUCUGCUGAUCAACAAUUGUUCGUGUUACUUUUAUCAAAUAUCGAGUGGACUUGAAGCUCCUGUGAGCAACUUGAGGACCCCAGGAAGAAUAGUCGUCACAAAGUGAAGACUAAUGGGGAUCCAUAAUAGACAUAAACAUAAACUUUUAGUCUGUGUUAAUUUUGGCACCCUCUGUAGAUUAGCUUUUCUCUGCAUCAUCUUCAUCUUAGCCAGUGGUUUUUUUGGGGGGGAAUUUCUGCCAUAAACAUAAACAAGACCGAUAUUGUAGCCUUCAGUAUCGGCUGAUAGCGAUAUUGGCACAAACUUGUGCAUGACAAGUUUUGCACUUAUUUGCAAUGUCUUUUUCGGACUUGAACAAAAAAUACUGCCACACAGCCGACAUCACUCCUACUCCUUGCUACUUUGUUUGUACCUUACUACACACUGUUGUUGUGAUCAUGUGGGCUCUGCAUGCUGGAUCCGGGCACUGCUAAAUAGUGGUGCCGGAGUGGAGUCUGGAAUGGACUGCUUGUAUCGGAGCGCUGAUAUCAGAGACUUUAGAUGCAGGCCGAUAUAAACCGAUAUUUGUCUUUUGGCUGAUAUCGGACCCAUAUCUGAUAUCAAUAUCAUAUUGGGACAGCCCUACAAGACUUGAUAACCAUGGUUGAUUAGAUUAAAUGUAGUGUGAAACCCAAGAAGCAACCUCUGGUCUUGAAAAAAAAGCCGAUAUAUGAGUGCUGAAAUCUGCAGUUACCUGAGAGCCCACCUGAGGCUGACUGCAUAAGCACCAGAAACCACGAAGCCAAAAAGGCAACUAUAAAGCAAAUAUUAAAAACCGUUUCUUGAAUCAGGCAUGUGAUUUGAGGCCAUGGCUCGUGAGGCUUCAAACGUCAUCACAUACGUCACCAACACAAGCCUUGAUACACGCUUCACCGAAAAUUUCCGGGAUUACUCAACACAUCACACAAAGGACACAUCACUUCUGAUCAGUGAUGUUUGGAAGGGAUCAAAUAUGUUACUUUGAAUAAUUGAUAUGAAACAGCCUGCGAUGGCUUUAACCUUUCAGCCAAAUGAACUGGAAAUAAAAUACUUCCUCUAAAAGUUCAGACACAGACUCAGAUUGUUAUUCAAAGCAUGUAAGAGCACCACAGAGCUGAUCCUCAGAGAAGAAAACAUUUCUAGAAUAAGAUGCUUUCACUGAAAUUAGACACAUCUGUUUCAUCCUCCUCUGCAAAGACACCAAACCCCAUUGGCAAAGAAAUGAACUUUAUGAGUUGUAUUUCUGCUGCCGUCUUCAUCAUAAACCCUGCUUGUGUGUUAUUGUUACACAAACAACUAAGCCACAACUAACCAUUUUUAACACCAAAGUCAAAACAAAACAAACAAAAAAGCAACUGAUUUAGACCAACAACCCUCGUGUUGUGCAGGGUAAAGUUACUGUUUUCGUCGGUGGAGUCUGGGGGCUCUAAAAUGGCUGAUGUAACGUCUUUUUCUGGUAAUGAAAUGUACAAAAAGAGAGCGUUUUACUCACAGAUUUGUCUCUUCGGGGAUCUUUUUCAUAAUCUUGGCAAAGGACUUGAAAAGACAGCCAUGCACUGCUGAGAGCCGCUCAGGAUCCUCUGUUGGAAAGAAACACUUUCUGUGACACUGGCGUUUGAGUAAAGAUUUUACUCUCAGAGAAAUACACAAAGUUUCUUCCCACACUCGUACAAAACACACCCUGUCCUCACACACCUUCAUCUUUUGUUUUGUUUUUCACAAAGAAUCAUAAAGCAAUCAGCCUACACACACCUCAUGCUCUGUUGCAUCACAGCUUCAUCGCCGUCCCCGCUCUCUCUAAUUUGAUUCAUUCAUUUUCCCUCAGCUCAUUUCUUCCCUCCGUUUCUCAGAUUGCCUCUGCCAUGCAUAUUAAUAACACACAGAUAAAAAUAUGCCUGAUUAAAAUCACACCCUGCCCAGCCACCCGAAAAACACUCGUCCUGGUGCGCAAACAACACAAUAACGGCUCUUUCUGCAGGGCAGAAGGCAGGAAACGAGAACAUCCAUAAUGGAUUUCAUAUACUUCAUCAUUAAGAGUCUCUUUGUGUGUACACACAAUCCAGCGCUCACCUAUUUGUCUGCGGGGAGGAAGUCAGAGUUGAUUACUCAACUGAGCCACGUAGCUCCCAGACACGCUGUCCUGGCUGCGAGUCAGAUGAAAUGUGAUUCUUCUCAGUUUUGUUGUUUAUUUCUUUUGUUUACUUGUAAAUGGCACGCGUACUCUGAAGGAGCUGCUGGUGCUGUAAUUUGUCAGGAUUUAGAGGCUGUCGUGCACCCGUCAGGCUCUGAGAUUAUUUUUCAUGUGUGGCAAAGAUGAAUUAUUUGUUAUCUCACUACAGUUUCUGCCCUCAAGUAAAGAUAUCCAUAUUGUGGUGAGACAGCAGCUUUCUUAAUGCAUGACAUGUCCUGCUGGCUGAGACCAUACAGCUGAGACUAAUGAACACACGGGCCUGUACAGAUCCUUCAGAGAGACUGAGGGCACAGGGGCUGUGGAGGGAUCAGAUGAAGAGAAUCGUAUAUUGUCUGCACCUUUUUUUUCCCCAGCUUAGUCAAUGCACAGGGUUUUGAUAUCAUUAGGGGAGAGUGGGGUAAGAUGAGCCAUUUUUCAUAUUUUCGGAUCACUACAUCAAGGCAAUCAUAGUUUUGUCUCUAACUAGUGUAUCUGCAUAUAUUUCAAGAUGUUGUGCAUCCCUGCAAACCGAAUGAGUGUAAACAUAACUGUCUUGAUAAAAUAGCAUGCCAAAAAAAUGGUCUCCUAUGGUCAAUUUAAGUUGACCUUCGGAGCGGGGUAAGUUGAGCCGUAUCCUGACUAUCCCCCCCACUCUCCACCCCAGCCCUCCCUCACCUUCUCUCUCCCUAAAUAACAGCCACUUCUUCACAUUCAUGUGUAUUUUUAUCUAUUACACACUAUUCAACUGGUACAAUAAUUCUUUUUAUUAUUACUGCAUAUAACUGAUAAAAAUCUGUUUUGUAAAAAGUCAUUUUAACAUGAGAAUGCCUUUAAGUGAUUAAGAACAUUCACAGCUGUAUUUGUGAAAAGAAAAAGUAACACAUUUCAACAAUAUGAACUGAAACUCUGAUUCUCUCAUCAGACUAACUUACUUUCUCGGCUCAACUUACCCCUGAACUAGCUCAUAGAUACCACAAUUGAUAUAUAAAACAAAUUUAAAAUGAUCUUUUUCUGGUCUGAACACAAUUCUAAUAAAACUUAUGACAGACUAAAUUCACUUUCAAGAGUAAAAAAUGUUUCUUUUUUUUUUUGGAAAUAAAUGUCAGACCCCUUCACCCAUGUGCUUCUAACCUCCACAGACUCCAUGAAUUGAUGCCCAUCUCCUAAAUAUUUGGUCACAUGAUCAAUUUCUUUUACCAUUUCCAAGCAACAGGGGGUGGCUCAACUUACCCCACUCUCCCGUACUGAUUUCAGCAGGGGAAAAUUCACCGAGAUUUGUAUGCAGCUUUGGAGAGGGAAUUUUUGUGUGAGUAACUUAGAGUAAGCUGAUAAAUAGAGGAGACUGAAUAAACUACCGGAUUCACCCAUUAAACUUUUGAAUUUGUUUUGAUAACAGGCACCAAAUUUAUCCAUAUAAGUAUAUCAUACCAGCUAAAAUCAUUAAAAACAUUCACGACUUUCCCUGUGAACAGAGCUCUGUGCAUUGCGAGGUGAACAAAAUAGAUGCUUUAUUGCUCAGUAGAGUCAGUACUUGAGUUGAGGGGGGGUGAGGAGGGAUGGCUUCCCCCCUGAAAUGAAAAUGGUCAAAAUCAACCCCCUUACUACUAUUUUAACAUUAGAAAUACCACUACAAUUCCAACGUUUAGCGGGUGUGAAGGAGCGGCGUCCUCACUGACUGCGGGCAGCGCAUGGAGCCACACAUACCGCCAAACACACGCCAAACAUUUCCCUCCCCGCCAGCGUUGCUAGUCCUCUAAACAGCGCUACUUUUCUUUCACCCUUUUCUAUUGGAUUUGGUAACCAAGGCUGCACACUUGGAGCUCUAUCAGUUAACUUAAACAAACAUUCACAUAGACAUUCAUCACUUCACUUACUUUCCGGGUGUCAAGUCACGUCAUCAUGCCGGAACAUGUUUCCAAAUAAGGAAACAGAGCGCGCGAUUUCCGUGUUGUUUAAAGGUGGGUAUGGAGGGUCAAAGUGGUCACAUGAUGCAAGAAAAAUUAAUUCCCUUGUUGUUUUCCAUGAAUCCCUAAAAACUAGUUCUCUGUUGAUUUGUGUGAAAAAUUAGUUAAGAUGGCAAAAACUAACAGAAAAGGUCUAGAGGUUAAAAAUGGUAAAAAUUGUUUAAAUGUGAAUAAAUUAGUUUUUUUUUUCAAACUUAUGUAAUUGAUGGGAGGGGCUAGGGGGGUUAAAAAGGCUUCUUGGGCCUUUCUGUCUUUGAGACUGAAGUUUGUUGUAUGGAAAGUGACUGCAAAACCCCCUUUUGUAGUGCUGGUCUUUUUUUUGUAUAUUUCUUUAGUGAGAAUCUUGAGUGAUAGUGGAACUCCUUCCUUGCUGGUAUUUUCUUUUUUUCCCUUGUACAUUUUGUUAAUAGUAUUUGAGAAUUUUUUUGCACUUUUGUAAAUAUUUUUGCACUACACCUUGGAUGGCUGGCUGUAAGUAAAUCCUAUCACCAUUAUUGUUAUUCUGCUACGCCUGUGCUUUUACACUCGAUUAUGAUUGUUUGAGCGAGAACCCCACAACAACAGGGAGCUUUCCACAUAUUAAGUAAAAUACUGUAGGUUUCACAACUUUCAUUGACCAUUUAGUGACUAAAGUUGAGAUUUUUGUCAUUGGCCAUCAUUAUUUUAUUAUCAUACCUGUACUGUAGUGGGAUGAGACAUGAUUUGGCUUGAUAAAUGAAUAAACCAGUAAUCACAGUGAAGAGAGAGUUAACAACCAAGAAGAAGAAGCUACUGAGUGACCUUUUUUUCCUGAAUGCUCAGAGUCUCUCAUUCCACUGGCAGCUGAGUCGGGGUAGUGAGAGAGAGGUCAAGAGGUCGAGAGAGAGGGGCCACUGAAUAACUGUGUCAGACAUUUGGACUGACAGCCAACACUUUAAGAAACUCUGAUAAAUAAGCUGUAUCUCUGGGACUGUUCCUGGUGAUUCAAGAGGUCUCCCAGUCUUAUUAAAAAAUGACCAACAUCUUUAAUUCAUCUUCUGGUGGAGCUGUGACCCUCCCCCUCAGGCUGUGAAUCAGUCUCUGCAUCCCCGACAGAGAAGAGGAGUCUGAUUGUGUGGAGUUUGUUGAGUUUUCUAACCCCAAGGAAAGAAAGCCGUGCCACUUCAGGACUUGGAAAAUAAACCCUUUAUCUUCUGAAAAUCCCUCUUUGUGGUCUCACAGCAACCUUUGCUGUUUUCUCUCUACAGUUCAGCUUCCUGUGAAGGAGCUGCAGAGUUUGUUCCUGAUGACAAACCUGAUCAUAGAGGGGAGACUGGUGUGUUUUUCUAGCUGUCUGUGAGAUUGUUUGUACCCUCAGAUAGAUUCUGGAUCAUUGUGGUCUGUAGAAGCAACAUGAAGCGCUCAUAUUUUCUCUGAACCUCGACCUCGCUCUCCAGAAGCAAAACAAAACAACCGGGAUCAGCUAGCUCUGUUUACACUCCGACAUUUCUUAAAGGAAGGACGUCUCUUUUUACAUUUUUUGUAUGUUUUAGAAGAGUUGUUUGUCUUUGUUUUUUGUUUCUUUUCUUCCUUUGGACAGUUUUUUAUUAUUGAUUGAUUGUUUGAAGAGCUGCAUCUCAGACUGAAAGAGAAACUGGAGGCUUUCUUUUUCGCUGUACAACUAUUUGAACGUUGCUCUACGAAAGUGUAUUUUUCUGCACUUUUUUAGUGGAAAAAAAAAGCAUGCACACACAUACACAUCUCCCAAAAUAAGCAGCCUUUCUCUGGAGAGGAUUAAAUUUGAGCUUGUGUUGAUUUUCUUCUUCAACUCCUUGGAUUAAAAUCCUGUAAACCAUGGUGUUUGAACAAAAUAAGACUGUCUUCAGAUAAAGAUAUAAAAUCUUCCUCCAGUAAGAGGAGCUCAGAGUGAGAGUAAGUGUUAAAACUGCAGAGAGAGUAUGAGAUUGGUUUUGUUACCUGUAAAAUAAAACAUAAGAUGAUGAUGAAAUCAAUCAAUAAAAAUCGACUUUGCGCUCCCGGUUUACUCCUGAAUGAGGAGGAGAGAUUGAGUCUGGGAAACAGCCAGAAAGAGAGAAACCGGCUCACUGGUUCAUGAGGACAAAGCUGUCAGUCUCAGCUGCCAGGUCGACCUGCCUCUCACUGAUUUCUGCACAGAGAAGCUUAUUUUAGGACGGGACUGCUCAGGUUAUAUCUGGACUGACUGUGGGUUUUUACCAGCAGAGGUAGUACAGAUAGUUUGAAGGAGGAAAUGCUGAUUAAUUAGUCAAUGUCAGACCCUUUCAAUGAAUCCUAGCUUAAUGGUUCAGCGUAGAAAUGGAAAUACCUUUUGAUAUUGAAAAGUCAGACUAGAGGUUAAAACACUCCUCGUUCAAACAUCUUUUGGUGCAGCUUGACAAGCGAUGGUGGCCUUUAAGGACAAGAAACUGUUGUGUACAAAACAUUUUUUCUUCCUCCUUUCUCUUCUUGUUGGUGCAUUUCAAACAUGUAUGGCUACUACUGGUUUGUCUGUGUAAGCAUAUGCAAGACAACGUCCUCAGUAGGAACGAGUCCUGCUCCUCUGUAGAUACAAAUGAUAUAAAAAAACAAACAAACAAACAAACCAAAAGAGGAUGUUUUAUAUUUGAAGGUAUUAAAAGUGGGUGAUUAAUCUCAUACAGGAUCCCUUCAGAUCUGAUAAUGCAAGCCCCCAAAAAUAUAAAUAAAAAUGGUUUGUUUGUUCUUUGCAUCUUUUGUUAACACACUUUUUGUUAGAUUUUUUAACCUUGCAUUUCAGUUAGGGUUGCAAAAGGGCGGAAAAUUUCUGGUAAAUUUCCAGAAACUUUCCAUAGGAAUUUAAGCUGGGGAAUUUUGGAAAUAUUCCAAAUUGGAAACUUUCCAUGGGAAUUAUGGGACUUUAUUGGAAAUUGGGGGUAAUUUAUACAAAUUGUAUCAUAUCCAAACAUAAAUGUAAAUAUUUUUGUUUUGCCAUAAGCAGACAUCCAUACAAAAUAAAACAAUUAAUGGCAAUGAACAAUGGCGUGAACAGAAAAAUAGUUGGCUAAACAACUGGAAUGGUCUUCAAAAUAUUUGACAAUUGAUCUAUAAAUCAAUUGUGUGGCCUCAAUAGCCCUAUAGUAAGCACUGUGCUAUUUGCAUCUUAUGGAAGAGUGUACUUGCAUUAAAUCUGGUUGUUUUAGCCAAGAUUAUGCUACAAUAUAUUUUCCCCAACUAUAUUUAAGUUCCCUGUUGAGGGCCAACCUUCAAUUUUUUUAAAUUCCAGAUUUAUUCCGGCAAAUUCCUGUUAAUUCCCAUAUAUUUCCGUUAGUUCCCAUGGAAAGUUUCCAACUUUGAAAAUUCCCGGAAUUUUACAACCCUAAUUUUAGCAGAGCAACAUGUCGUGUCUACUCAUUAGUGAGACUCAGGGACUGGAGGUGAAUUUUUGGUGCUAUGUGGCUGCACUCAGACUCACAGUGGUGCAUGUGAAAACUCACCUGAAUAUAGACCAUCUCCUGUGUGAAGUACCUUGAUCCAAUUUAGCAUCCAACCAUGCAUUUUUAUCUUAUAUUUUUCUACUUUGAUCCCAGUUCACUUUUUAGAUCAAACAAAAGGUAUUAAUAGUGAAUGUUUACUCUAAUCUGGGGUGUCUCUCCAGAUCAGAUUGAGCCAGCCUCAGAGAGCAGAAUAAAGACUGAGGACACUUUGUUUGUUUUUCUCCCUGCGUCUUUUCUUGACACAUUUUUCGUCUGACUUUUUAUUGUACCUGCCAACAGGGCAUAUCCAGGGAACAGCCUGUUGUGAGUACUCAUCCAACUCAUCUGUUUCUGCCAAAUGAGGUAGACAUAGAAGUUUGUGUUUUUGCAAACUUUUCCUGUGGCAGCAGUUAUGUGCAGAUGGUGGCAUGAAAACCAGCAUGUGCUGAAGCAUUCACCAGCAAGCAGAGUAAUGUACCAUCUGGUGAAGCGCUGUCACCCUGCAGCUUUGUUUGGCUCUCAGCAAAGAGUCUGACAUUGAGAUGUUGUUGAUAAGACGACCUGUGCUGACACCAAAAAACUGAGACAACAUCUGUAGCCGCAUCAGAGCCUAAAUCAUCCCUCUGAUAGCAGAUCAAAACAGGCUAGGAAGCCAGUGGUAUACUAUUUUUAUUAUCCUAUAACAUCACAGCUUUGAAUUGUUGCUGCCUCUGAUCAUCGCUGUCUGUCUGGGCAAAAAUUAACUUGUCAUUUUAAAGUGAUUUCUACUCUCAGAAACACCAUCAAGAUACCCUGUCGGGUCCAGAGUGCGAUUCGGAGUCUAUUGACACUGCCCCCUCAAAGGCAGACUCACUUUAUAGACAGAUAACUAUGAAGGCUGGCCUCAGUCCAGCUAUAAUGGAUAACUGAGAGCUAUAAAGACAACAGAGUGUCAGCAGUAAAGCGUUCAGUCAAAGCAGCUGGCCAACAACCUUCAUCAUUUAAUGGAGAAGCUCAACAAGCAUCUGUACAAGACAGAUGUCAUCAUAAUCAAUAAGUUAUUGACAUCAGUGGUCUCCUGACAUACCUCAACUGAGAUUCACAUUCACAAUUCCACAAAACAUAUAUCCUUGCUAGAGAAAAAAUAACUUUCAUUUGAUGUAUUUGGUGAAAUUUCAGCACCAUGGACAGAGAACAGAAGUGACGUUUGUUGUUGAGCUUUACAUGGUAAUUUCUAGGAGGCAAAAAAAAGUCAAUGACAUUGCAGAGUGCAGAUAUGAUGACCCUGAGUAUAAUACAACCAUGCUAUCAAGUCAAACUUUCAGGUGAUAAAGACCAAAUCUCGUUUGAAAGAGUUUCAGUUUUGUUUUUAAUUAAUAAGACUUUAUUUGAAUAGCUUUAUUCAUACAAUAAAACUAGAAAAUAGAAAAUCAUAAAACCCUAAAAGACAGUAUGUGCAAGGUUUACAACAUGCAAACAAAAGACAUUGAAAAUAAAGGUAAAUUGAAAAAUGAUAAAUGAAAAGGACCCACGAAACUAAGGAAACUUCAUAAUGAGGAAACACUAGAGUUAUGAUCAAAAAGUUAAAAUACAGGAUGGUAGAUGGAUAAUAAAAAUAAAAUAAAAUAAAAUAAAUAAUAAAUAAAAAUAAAAUAAAACAAUAAAAAUAAAACAGUUUAUAUAUAUAUAUAUUAACUGUCAGAUGAGGACAGGGUGUAAAACAGGGGUGUAAAAAGAUUAAACUUUCUUGACAAAUGACACAGAGCUGUAAAAGUGACAUCCUGCUAGCCUCUUGCGUUGCUGGCUAUUUUGAUAUGUAAUAUGUCAACUAGGAGAUGAUCCAAUUGUAAUUGAAGGUGACCUGUCACUACCUAAGAUAGCAGAGGCUUACAUUCUUCAGUCAGUAUAAUGAUUCUUGCUCAGUGUUUGUAAACCAGGAUAAGUAGCUUGAUGUAGCUGUGCAUGAAAACAUGAUACUUGAUACUGAUGUUUCUACGCAACAAAAACAAAUUUAAAUUUAAAAAAUGUUGCCAACACACAUAUGAAAAGCUGUUGGUGGGUCCCAGUCCUAUUUGGUACCAGACGUGUCUUUUGAAGUCAUUUGCAAAAAGUACAGAGCUCCAGACCACAGAGCUGGUUUGUCAUUAUUCAGGAUAUAAGGUAAUUUUAGCCUCUGUGUCACUGAUCCUAUUUUGUAGGGCAGGGAAACAGAAAAAAAAUGAAGCCGUCUGAGCUUAACCAAACCAGGGGAUCAUUAACAGUCAAACUAAGACCUCAUCACUAAGCCAAAAUAACGAUUGCACUCCAGGAAUGAUCCGGGACUGACCAACAUGCAGAGUCAGUCCCGAUUUUCUUUCCUCUCUCUCUCUCUCGGUCUCUUUUCAUCUGUUUCCUUUUUUUUAAGCCUCUCAGGUCUUUGAAAAUGACCUGAGGGGAGAAGAGGCAGCAGUAGAAGAAGAAGAAGCAGAGGGAGGGAUUUGAGGGUUACACAGGGAAACUCCUGGGGCCACAGUAUUAACGGGGAAGGGGCGUCAAAGCUGCUGAUGUCACUCAGGGGCCCUUUAGGACAUUUUCAGGCCAGGGAAGAAGAGAAGAAAAGAAGGGGAUGGUUUAAGGGUGGGAAGAGUUGCUUACUGUUAAUUUCACCCUCUUUCUAAAGACAAAACUAUCUCCAGCCUUUGUAUUUGUUGGAUGAUACCUGACAGUCAGAUAAUCAUAAAUGUCAGUCUCUUGUUGUUGUCUCAUCACUUCAGUCACAGCAGGGAAUCAGCCAGUAUAUUAAAACAUUUGCAUGUGCGUCUCAUAACUCAGGAAACAAUUUUAAAAAAUGACUGUUUUUGUGUGAUGAGAAUAACAGCAGGAGGUUUUUCAGAAAGAAAUCUGUAGAAAAUUGCACAUUUCCUUCAAGAGUUUGAUAACAAGUUCAGAUCUGUGCAUUAGUUUAAAUAUCAGAAUAAAUAAUUUAUUUAUCACUGUAUGAAAAUUCAAUAUGAAGAUGUGAAUGAGUGAGCUUUUUGGCUGAAAUUUCUUAAGCAUUCAAUGAUCUAGUCUUAGAUAAUUGCUGAACUGUGUCUUUAAAUGCUUCAUUACUGAGGCGCUGAGCAGCCGUGCAGCCAUACAUUUAAUUAACUCUGGAAAAGUAAGUUGGGGUCUCAAGAAAACACCGCAGCCUGGUUGUUUUAAGCUGAUGAGUUUUCUGAGGACUUCAAGUGUCUCAUGUUAGCUAGAGAUAUCAAUCCUGGUUUUCUGUUGAUAUAGCAGGUCCGUUUUAAAACUUCUCUGGACGUCUCUGGUGACACACAGAGGGGUUGCCAGUUACAGCAGCUCUUGUCCGUUUGGGGAACAGACUAAACAAACAGGUGAGGAAGGCUAGCUCUGUCCUGGGCUGCCCUCUGCACCUUGUGGAGGUAGUGGGGGACAGGAGGGUGAUGGCUAGGCUAUUGUCUCUCAUGGACAAUGUUUCCCACCCACUGCAGAGCACUGUAACAGCAGUGGGUAGCUUCCUCAGUAACAGGCUUUUCUCUUUUUUUGUACAUAACAUUUUUUUUGUAUUGUUCUAAGUUAUCUUUUAUAAUUAUCUUUGCAAUGUGUGCGUGAUGAGUGUACUUAUUCUUAUAUGUUAGGUGUGCUGAUCCUUUGCUGCUGCUGUUAACACCCCAGAUUUCCCCACUGUGGGAUGAACAAAGGUUUAUCUUAUCUUAUCUUGAGAUCUCGCCUUGUUUUUCUCAUUUCCUCCAGAUAACAAAGCUUGUUUUCUUGGAUUAGUGGGACACUUUUCUGGCAAUCAAGAAAACAAACAAAGGACUGGUCACUAGGCCAGAUGACAAUAAGCAGUGCCCAUAAUACUAAGGGAAGUUAGUCCUAUGAUUGCUUUGAGCUGAUGUUGAGUCAAGCGCUCCAGAAAACAACCUGCCAUAGACGAUACAUUUCACAAUCCAUCACUAUUGGAAACAGACUCUUAGAACAUGAGGUUAUACACCCACUUAAUGCUUCUGUAUGAAGACUGCCUUAGAGUCACUGUUUAAGUUGUGCUACUCAAAAGGGCAGUGGUGUCAUUAUUUACCAUAAAAGAAAACAAGAAGCAGGUAGCUAAACUACGGUAUGCUGACAGGGACAAAAUAGCACCUGAGCCGAGAAAUUGAUCAAAUUUUCUGACCUCAAUCGUGGCAGGAUGUAGUCUGUCAUAUUUCAGUGAAAGGACCAGUCAGUGAGUUAUGUCUCAGACUUCUGCUCAAGACUAAAGUUAUGGACUGAACUGAAAAUGACUGAAGUUAAAACCAUUUUUUAAAACCCGUCUAAAAACCCACUUUUAUUCCAUGGCUUUCAACCCAGCAUGAGGCAUCAUUCGUUUCACUGCUUUUUAUUAUAUUUUAAAACAACUACUUAUUGUUGUUUUAUGUUUUAUUAUGUACAGCACUUUGUGUCAGCUUUGGUUGUAUUUAAAGUGCUCUAUAAAUAAAGUUGAGUUGAGUUGAUGUAAUGAUCAAAAAAUGAAAUCAGCAAGUAAAAUUAAUGACUGUUAAUAGUUUUGGCUUAUCGAUGUCACAGUUCUGUCGUACAGGAUGGAUUACAGAACACCUUAAAGCUUCUACUGCUGUACUUUGAGCAUUAUGCAGUACCAUUUCUUGCAGUAUCUCUCAGUCUGCAGUUUAGCUCAUGUCACUGAGCUGGUGGCUUAAUUUGCACUUAACUUGAGGUAGACGUCCUCUAAUGAAGAUGUCAAUAACAGACUGACAGAUCUGCUCAUCGCUAAUCCAUAAACAGGAACCUUUUCUCACCUAAGUAGACUCUCAGUGGGCAGUCACUUGUUAUAUUCUUAAGACCAAAACUCAUUUGAAAAAGACAAAUUUCUCUUAAAAUUCCCCAACAAAAUUUUUGUCUUUCUGGUAAUUUUACAUUUCCACAGACCCUCAGACAGUUUGCCUCUGAGCUAUGAUUCUUCUGCAUUUUAUAAUCCUUUCCCUACACUUAGUUUUCUGCAGCUUUAAAAGCUGGUGUGAACUCUCUGUGAAGUCUGAGUGCCGUAAUGCAGCGCUGCCGUCUGAUUUGGUUUUGUUCUGCUGUUUUGUCAUGAGCAAGCGGCUGCAGGCUGUUUGACUGAGUGAUGAGGAGCGGCACCUGAAUGAGCGGGCUUCAGAACGGCCGCGGCUGGAAAAUAGAAAAUAGAAAAAUAGAAUCCCUCUGUCACUCUUGCGCACACACAUUCAUACUUAAUACAGUGCUCUGUUACUGCAACACAACAGCAGUCAUCCUCACACUGUCUCCUCUCCGUCUUUUGUCUCAUUUCUUGUUGCUCUGCUCCAGGCUGUGUGCAAAUUCAUUCACUGUGGAAAAAGCCGUAUGCUCAGCACAGCACAGUUUCAUUUGGUCCUGGAUUCAGUUAGACAGACAGUCCCUGUGUGCUGGUCUCAGACAGGGUUCAGGUAAGAUUACAGACUUCUGAUCACUCAUGUGGAGUGACACACAAGAAAUUAAUGUAAGAGUCUAUAGCCAUGUUUACAUGGGCAAAAGUUAAAAAUUUGAGCGAUCGGAUAAUCUGAAUCCACUGUUUAUAUUGGUGCAAAAUCAAAUAAUCUGAUCACAACAUGCGUGUACAUGCACCAAGCUUUAUUCAGAUGUGAAGCAUUUGGACAUGCAAGGAGUUGUCUGAUUUCGCUAAAACAACCACAGAAGAAGAGUUGUAUUUACGCCUGUGCUGUCAACAAACCAACAAACACGGUAGUGGCUCACUCUAUCCAAUUCAGGAUUUUUCCCCGUUUAAUGUUGUCACUAGAUGGCGUCCUUGCAUACUUAUUUUACUGUUCUGUCAAAGGUUGCACUGUGCGUGCAGAUGUGACAUCAAUACGUUGUUUGUACACAUUGUUUUGUUACUGGAGGAGCAGACACGGCACCUGCAGUUUUGUUUUAUGCCAGAGUGUUAAUAAUGAAACCUCCUGUACUGGCCUUAAUAAAUAAAGAGUGAAGAUCGAGUCAGGUAAGAGAGUCACGAUCGGAAUAAGUGUUUACGCAUUUCGGAAUAACGACUGGCAUUAACCACCCCCUCGAUCGGAAUACUGCCGACUGUCCGAUUGAGCAGAAAUGGAUCAAAAUCUUCCGAUCGACAUGUUUACAUGACACAUUUUAUUCCGAUCGGGCAUUUAUUCUGAUUAUUUGUGCCCAAGUAAACACAGCUAAUGACACCAGUCAGUUGACUGACUUUUUAAUCACUAAAAUGUUUGGCCAUCAUAGGCCAGUCAUUGGUCAGAGAGUUCUGCCAGACUAAUUAUAUCAGGCUUUGGUUCAUAACAUCAACAGAGCAAAAAUAUAAGACUAUAUAAGAAUAUUUCAAAGGGCCUCCCCAACAUGUCAUCGCUAUAAGGACAGCCUUGGGUUGGACAGAGUUGUUUCUAUUACAAAUGUCCAGACCAAAAGUGAAGCAAAUUUGGAAAAUGCAUCAAUCAUUGUAGCUUUUGCAAUGAUGAAACAGAAACCAAAGAUUUGGUCAUUCACAACAAAAACAAAGAAAAAGUUCUUGCAUUACAGCGCUUUACCCAGAAACUGCCUUCAGUGACACCAGCAUGAGUCCUCUGAGUUAACUUUGUGCUGAAGUGUCUUUACUUUUGUAUCAGCUGCAGGGUGUCUGUCCAUCUGUCAGAGUGGCUGUGAGCUUCACUGUGUCUAGUUUGCUUUAGUCUGGAAAACUACAGUGGUAAAAACCCAAUCCUUUUUUUUCUCUUCAAAGGGCCAAAAGGCUGACAAACAAACUACAUAUUUAUAACAGUGUUAAUUUGAAUAAUGUCUGGUUCAUCUUGUUAUGGAAACUCAAUAAACUAAAUGUGCAGAUGGUGGCAUGAAAGCUAAAUUAAAUAUUUAUUUUUUCACAUCACUUUUUUGUGGCAUUGAAAAAUGCCCUGUCCUUGUAAGUCCAUGUAGAUUCUCAUUCAUCCAGGUCAUGGUUUUCUUGAAGACUCUACACAGUCCAGUUGCCUGUCCUUGUAACCACAUCUUUACAUAUUAAUCUUCAGGGCAGUUGUGGCUCAGUGGUUAAGUUGGUCAUUAUUGUAGGUCAGAAAUUCUGGUCAUAUAUGGUCAGACAUAUUGUGUCUGAGUGGUAUCAUUGCCUCAUUGCCACUUGCUGCUAGCUUCAGUUAGUGCUUAUGUUUAACCAUAAUUAGCCUUCACAGGCCUGUAGAUGUUCACCUGUAAGGAGAGCUGAAGGCUGGUGGUGCUAGCUCUGCUAAUGGUUUAAUGCUGUGAGUCUUUGUAUUGUUCCAUAAUUUGUGCUCAAUCUUGACUGUUUUAUGACUUUUGUCUUAAAAGUCUGUCAGUCAGAAUUUAAAUUCUGUUGAACACCUUUAUGCUUGAAAAAUAUGAUAAUAAAAAUAAAGGCUUAAAUGUGGAUUCAUACUGUGCAGAAUAACUAGGUUGACCUCUAAUCUUCUUCUCUCUACCUUGCAGAUGCGAAGUACUCGAGGCGUGUCUAUUUGGCCAGUUGGAUUUGUAGGAGGCAGAGCAUAUGAGCGCCCCCUUGUGUCGGGGGGUAAAGUUGUGGGCUGGUACACCGGCUGGAGACCAGACCGACCCUUUGCCACAGACAUGGCAGGUAAGAGGAACCUCCAGUAGGAUACCUCUUGUGUUAUAACUCUAAUAAAUGUGACUUCAGGCUUUUUAAUGUUGCACACCCAAGAGCUGACCUAUCCAUCUGUUUAUUCAUCAUCCAUACAUCCAUUCAAUCCAACCCUCACAGGGCCUCAAAAGGUACAACAGAUCCAAGAUAACAUUUAAAGAUGCUGGAUGCUAUAUAUAUAUAUUUAUAUAUGUGCAAGCCAUUAUUUUAGAAAAUAAAUCCAUGUCUAAUUUGAUCUCAUCCAAUCAUACAGCUUUUUUUUCAUAUAUAUAUAGUUAUAAAAAAGAUACAGAACAAGGUAAUCUUAAAAACAAUUACAGUAAACGGCACAUGAACACAAAACAACACCCCCCUCCCAACGCAAACCCAGUGUAGUGCUUAUUUAGGGAUUAUAAGGUCCACUUUUAGACACUGAGACCUUUCCUUAUGUAAAAUCAAUGCUUUCCAAAUCUUUUUGAUUGUUCUAACCUGCUGCUGAGGACAAAUGAAAUCCUCUGUGUGUGGAGAGUGUCAGUCAGUGUUGCAACUGGCCAUUCAGAGUGUUCAGUCCGAUAGUAGCUCAACACGACCAGGAUCGUGCAAAAUAACAGAUGGCCAGCAGAAAAAAAGUCCACCCAAACUCUGCCACAAAGUCAGUAAACUUGAGAUGACCCUUACUUCAUGAAUUUCAAAUGUAGUUAGGAUCAUAGUUCAGCUUGAGCUUAAUGGAAAUAAGAUCCAGUACCAUUUUAUUGCAGGACAAAAUGUUUUAUUUGGUUUAGAAAUCAGCUCUCUGCUCUUGCAUUAUUGUUUCUCACACAAUCGACUGUUAAAACAAUUUAUUUCAGUGGUAAAAAAAUCAGAUAUUCGUGUCACAUCUGGAGGUCAAACCUUUGCAGUGAAAUAGAAAAAAAAGAGAUGGUCAAAAGCUGGUAGCGCUUGCUUUGAUCAGAAAUGUUUCUCUUUUAUGUCCUGAACCCUCUGAAAAAGAAACUUCAAACAACAUUAUAGAUCACCUCAUUGAUUACUGCAGAGAUAAAGUCAGUUGGACUGUUUAGGUCUGAUGCCUUUUAUCAGAGGGAGAACAAACAGAGGCUUCCCCCUCUCUCUCUCUCUCUCUCUCUCUUAUUCCUGUUUGCUGUGUUCACCUGAAGACAUGAGACAGUUUUUCUAUCCAGCUUCCAUUUAAUGGAUAAAUUUACCAUAAAAUAAGAUCUGAUCUAUCCAAUUUAAUAUUCCCACAGUUAUUCCUCCACGCAGCAGCUCCUGUGCCACCCCGCCUGAUUGUUUAUUCCUCGGAUAAAGCACAAAGCAGGGCUGCAGAGUCCUGAGGUAUAAGACUCUUCUGAAAAGCAACAGAUUAGAUUUGAUCAGAGCUGAAGGAACCCUGUGGUUUUAAAGCAAAAGUCUGAGACGAGCAGAAACUCACCUGUUUAUGUUUUUAGUCUCGGUCAGACUCCCUGGGUAUGGAAGUUAAAUAAGUAUGGCCUUCAAUGUAUGUGUGAGGAAUUUUAGAUAUUUCAGAUCACCUUCUCAACUCCUGAUUAGAAAUUUUAAUUUGUCUUUCCUGCAGUUGUGUUGUUUAGUGUUUUUUGUCCCUCUAUGACUGCUGCUUCCUUACAGAGCAGUAGUGUUUGCUCUCAAAGUCAGUUUUUCACAGUGAUGCAGUCUGUGUUAAUCUCUUGUCCGUAAACAUUAGAUAACAAAAUCAGAUAAAAAGUUUAGUUGAAGAAAAGUGCUAGCUAGGGAAUUGAUGGCUUGGGUUUAAAAAGUAAUAAUCAAUUCAGUAAUUCAGUUUUCUCGAGUGUCAUGUAAACAUACUGAGUGUUCUGGGUUUGUGCGCUGGCAUGAGGUGAGGAGUGAGGCACUGGGAAGAAAAAGAGGGACAACAAGGGUCAGUGAGUUAUCCACAUGCACAGAUAAUCUUCAAUCUUACACUCGAAUCACAAGCUCUGAAGAGAGCCGUACUACCACUGCCUGGAGCUAUAAUACUCUGGUGCUGAGGCUUGCGUCUGAAAGCCAGCUGGAUUGCAGAUGUAGUGAUUUGAAUUUGUAAUAAAUGUCUUCAGACUAAUAUUCAAUAAUAAUCUUUAAAUCUGACAUCUAUGCACUCGUUAAUGGGGGCACCACCCACCCUGGACUGUGGGGGGAAAAAAAGGAGACUGAAUUCAGAAGUCAAACAUUGAAUCAACCUUAAAUCGAAAUAAGUUGGUACUUUUAUGGUGAAUACUAAUACUGAUAACAUGAAUCCAAUAUAAAACAGUCAAAUAACGGUAACUAAAAAAUUCCCUCUGAGAAAUGAGAUUCUUUAGAGAUUACAGAUGAUCAAUACUAGUAACAUUGGGAUAUAAUUUUCAAGGAGCACACCUACAACAAUCAUUUAUUUUUCAAGUAUUCAUACAAAAAAUAAACAUAACAAUACAAAGCCAGAGCAAAAACACCAAUAAUUACUCUUUCUUUGGCUUGUCUUAUUGACUUUAAUUCAAAAUUUUUCGAUAUUUUUUUAUAACUUACAUUGCCCAUUGUAUAGGGGCCCCAUACUAUUGUACAGGGGCUCCUAUAAUAUUGUAUAGGGGCCAGUGCCUUAAUGCAUUUGCCCCAUAGCCCUGAUGAGGAUUUUGAUUGAGAGUCAGUGUUUUAACAUGAAUCAAACUCCUCUAACAGUGACUGAAUUAUACAGAAGAAUCAGAGCAGUCACUGAUGUGUGAAUUGGUUUCUGCUGUGGGCCUGGCCUGAGGCUCACAGGUUGACAUAGUCUAUCGUAUCGGGCAACUUGAGCUGGUUGCCAAUGACGAUAGACGGUCCGCAGGCUGAGGCUGAGUCAAAACGUUGAGAAAAAGGUUUCACAUUUGGGCUCAAUACUUGAAUAAUGUUGUCUCACACACAAACACACACACACAUACAAAGGUCUGCCUCAGGGAGAAGUGUUGAGUCACGAUACCAAGAGCUAUUGUUUAGUUUUCUCUCCUCCAACUUCCAUACACCAACGCGAUUGGGAUCUCCUCCCUCCCAUCCUCUACUUCCUUCCACUCAUCUGACCUCUCUCUCUGUGUAAACACACACACACAAACACACACACAUUAACACACAGUGUGAUAAUCAGCCUCACUCUUAUGCUGCCCUUCAUAAUUACACUGUCAGUGUGUAAAGCUAAGAUUCACAGCUGUGGCUGUUGUAUUGUGAAGCUUUUUUUUUUCCCACUUUAAAUCCUGCAAGAAAACAAUGUCUGCUCUGAACGGACGGCCCUGAACUUUAUUCACUCAUAAAUUAUUAUUCAUGAGAUUUACAAUGGUGUGUCUGCAGAGUGCUCAGUGAGAGCCAGUGCCUGUCCUCAUAGUAUUGUGUUAUACAGCACUGCAUUGUUAGUCUCCCAUCUACUCCUCUGUCUCAUUUAUGCAGACACAGCGGAGCCAGGACAAUGAUGGUGUGGAGUAUUAUUCACCUCAAUGUGUGUGUCUGAUUACACUCACACACACACACACACACACAUGCAAUUACUGCAUCUAUUUGAGAGACACGCAAGCAGGCACCUGCCAGCACUCACACUAGUAUAAGUGGACAAGUGUGCGUGUUCAAGGACACACACAGGCGCACACAUGCAAUUUUCCAGAAGCAAAUUAGAGCCGCAUCCUCGCAAAAACAGGCUGAUUGAGUAUUAGUGUGCAGAGACAGCCAACACACACUCUCACACACACACGGGGUUCAUGCAUACUCUGACACACACUGACACACAAACACAAAGAUGUCUGUACCUUUGGUUGGUAUGUUGAAGUGGCGCUUAGGUCCUUGGAGUGUUGGCUGAGACAAGGACAUGAAAGUGUUUAACCCACAGUAACCCCGGUGCUGGUACUCAGCUCCUGAGAUGAGAGGAGCAGUGAGAUGGAGAACAAAGAGAUGCCUCCUGCACGCUAGUGUUGGGAAAGGUAGAGGAGGAGAAAUCACUGGGAAGAUAUUACUUGUAGGAACAUAUAAGUUAAAGGUGGGGUCUGUGAUUCUUGAGAAAUAUUGUUAGCAUGUUGAGAAACCUGGACUUGUAUGUCAGGCUGACCCCACAACAGGAGAGGAUGAGGACAACUGAAGAAAGGGUAUUUGAGGACUGACAAAAAACUACAAAUUCACCCCAAGAACAGGCCUCCUAUAUGUGUCUUAUCACACCUUUUUAGAAUCCAUGGACACAUGCUGGUGUGCAUAACAGAACCCUGAAUCACUCUAAGAUUAUCAUUUUUUUAACAUUGUGUUUAUUAGAUAUUUUUCAUAUUACAGACAAGCAUUUGACAAGCAAAAAAAAAAAAAAAGUCGUGAUUAACAACUUUGUGUUUGGAUAACAACAGAGGCUAUGAAUUUCCAACUUUGGUUUGCAAACUGAAGAAGACUUUUGGAAAAGAGGUGGAAUGUCUUCAAGAACCUUAAACAAAUCCAGUUGACCUUUCAACAAAGAAUUGGAUUUGUCGAUGCAGUUUUGUUGUUUCUAGUCAGUACGUUUACAUGCGCAGUUCAGUCAAGGAACCUUUGAUGGACUGACUGUUUUUCACUUAACACCUCAGUCAAAUGGUGUGGGCGGUACUGUGGCACUUUUCUCCUCAUGUUUACUCCUCUCUUUGCCAUUGAUGAAAACUAAACAGAAACCUGAUAUCUCAAAUUCUAAUAUCCAACUGCUUUUGUGCCUUUGACUGUUUCCGUCCUGGGCGCUACUUGUUUGUGUGUUAAUUUAAUGUCUAUUGUUAAAAAUUGAAUCACAAAGCCAUGAGAGUGAACAGAGACAAAAGAGCAGAAAAAUACACGCAGGAAACCUAGAUAAAAAUUGAUUGUAUGCUUGGAUGUAAAACUAGAAAGCAGCAGAGUGAUCACAUUGCUCCCCCCGGGCUCUAAAGCUUCAGGUUUCACAUCCAUGAGGCAAAUCAAUAAAGAAGGUGAGGCCAGGCCAGGAACCUGCCGUCUCUUUUAUUAUUAUGAUGUUCAGUUGUGCAAAUUUCUGAUAGGUCUGUUAUAACGCAACACAACCAGUCCUGCAACUGUCUGUCCCAAAAUGAACUUCACACCUCCACAGUUGAAAAAGCCUCAGAGAUCUCGCAACAGCUAACGCUUAUCCUAUUUCCCAUCAGGUUAUGUGAACUAGUAGAUAUCAGUUUUUUCAGCAGCUAAUACCAAUAAUGCUCGAUAUCACGUUGUUCAUGUUGUUUUGCAUUUUAGAAAUCCAACAAUUCAGUGAUUCUGUUUGAUGAGAAAAAACAUUUCUGACAAUGUUAAGUGACUGUGAACAUGUUGAAUUUGAAAACAUGCCAGACCCCAGAUCUGGUCUCCCUGGCUGUUUUCUUGGCUUCAGCAGCCACAAACAGAAUCUCAUUCUCCUGUGUCAGCUGACUGAUUGCCAAAUCAGUAAAAAGCGUGAUAGUUCAAUCACUCACCGGCUCUGUACGGCUCUUUGAAAUGGCUCUCAGUCUCAGCAUGGCCUGUUUGCGACGGCUGACUUGCCUUAAGUGCAACAGACUUAAACCUUUGGAGGAAAAGAUGAGCAAAACCCAAAUUUAUGUCCACAGUUCCUCUAAGGGUGACCCAAACUGACACCUUCAGUACUCAGAGGACCACUGUCUGAGUCUGUGUCAGCUCCUCCAGAAAGAGGCCGCCCAGAAAACUCUGUUCAGACAGGAGGAGAGGGAGAGGAAGGAGGAGAGGAAAUAAGGACGACGAAUUACUGAGGUUGAAUUCCCAAACUGGUGCUCUGAUUGCGAAAGGAGUGCCACCCACUAAAGAUUUGCAUAAAUAAAUAUUCAGUAAUUACGCAGAGACCUUGUGUGGAGAUGUUUGCAGCACUUUCUGAAAACAUCCUCCCGACACCGUCUAAAAUAAAAACUUUAGCAUCCCUCAGAGAGAUGCUGCUCUCUUUAAAAAAAAUCACACCUUCAGACUAAUGUUUUCCUAAUGAGGUGUUAAAGGACUGCACUAAUGUUUACCCCAUCGAUUAUAAUCUGCAUGCUUCAUUCAAACCAAAGUUUGCUCUUUUCAGCAUGUUUGUAUUAAUUUGUAGUCAUGUACCAGUUCAAAACUGUCGGAACUAUUUCAAUUACACUGUGUUUAAAGUCUAUUUGAAUUAAACCUUUGCUGCCUCUCUGAUUUGUGCAAUGUCAUCUACACAUCAAAGCUGACCAAGAUGUUGAAAAAUAGAAAAAUUCUGACUUUAUUUUUUUGAACACAAGAUCAGAAAUAACCACUCUUGUGUUUUCUUACUUCAAUCUUGAAUAAAGCAUUUAAGGAAAUGAUUUGGAUGGACCAGACUGUAGUUUGACAUGAACAUCAGAACAAGUUUUCCUCAUUAACCCAAAGACAAAAUCCUUCAUGUUACUGUCAUUUAUAAUCAAGCGUAUGAGUUUUGACAAUCAUCCGCAGUUUUACAAUGACUAAAAGAACAGAAGACAAUAUCUCAUUAUCAUUACAAUGCUUGACCUUGCAGAAUAACACUGUGGCACUCGGGGGGUUCGCCUAAAUGAUUCCUCUGCAGGCUGUCUGUCGACACUUCUUCCUCUGUACCCGUGCAGUUGUGGAUUAAAUAACAAAUAUCACAUUAAACUUGAGUCCGGCAGGUUUAGUAAAGUUACUGUACAAUUGUCGUCGUGGUUACGUAUUUCCAGCAUGUCUCCUGAAUGCUGCGUAUGCUUUGUCUCCUUGUUCUUUUUCUAGUAAGCUCAUUCUGGCUGUUUGCUUUUAUUUCUCGAGGUCUCAGAGCGUUCAUCUGUCAGGGCCGCCAUGAAUGCUAGGUCUGCUGACUGAGCAGAAGGGCUGAGAGCAGAAGUUACUCAGCUGGCAGAAUGAAGGCCAGAGAAGGUGUUGAUGGGAUUUUUUUUGUUCUGCCCAGUGGUGGUCCUGAGGCCAUAGCAUGUGGUCGCUAGGGAGACGAUACUGAGGAUAAAAACCAGACCUGUGAAGAUAAAAGUGAAUUUAACCUUGACAGCUCGGCUUACAUGUGACAGAAGGGAUUAGGACAUUAUGACCUGUGUUGUGCGCUUUUAAGACAAACCUUGAACAUUGAUGCAGGACUGUUAUGUUAUUUUAAGGGUUUAGAUUAACCUAAGGCUGAGUUUGCACAUGUGAGAAACCAUAAAGAUUCAUCCACCACGCUGUCAGGAAGCUGAACCCUCUCCCCUUCCUGCUACUUCCCCCUUUUCCCCCCAGAACUGUGGACUCUGAACCCCCUCUCAACCCUCACUGGACACAUAGUAUUUGCACCAUACAAACAUAAUCAGUUUUUUGUUGCACUGCAAAUCCACAGCUCGCAUGAAUGCUGACAACAUGCUCUUUACAUGAAAGCAAUGCUGCAGAUUCAUCCACCACCUGCACCUUAGGUCGUGUGAAAAUAUGUACAGCAGAAAUCAUUUUUCUGGCCAUUAUGUUUGCAUGUGUAUGUAUAGAGUGCAGGUGUAUAUGAGUGUAUAUGUGCAUAAACAAGCAUGAUGGUAAAUGGGGCCAUACAUAUACUCCUUUCCUUCUGUAGUAUACUCUUCUCUAUUGUACCUAUUUUGUAUUUUUGAAUAUUCUCUUUAUUUCUGCACCAAAGGCUGGAGAGAAAAUCUUUUUUGAUUCUUUUUAAUAUCACAUAUGGCAGAAAUUGACAGUAAAAACCUUGAAUCUUGUUAUUCUUUAAAGUGUUGGUGAUGGUGAGCGAGGGGAAAACAUAAAUGGAAGCCAUGGUGGGUCACCUUUAAGCCUCUGGCUAAGGGUCAGACAACACAUCAGAUGUGUGAAGGACAUGUUCUCCACUCGCACAUACAACCAAAGUUUGACCAAAGUGAAAAAGAAAAAAGAAAACCUCCACAGAGAGUUGGUUUUAAAUUUGCUGAAACAAAACUAGAACAGCAAAAGCCUUCAGUAUCUCUGCACCUGGACACUUGAAGCUCCUAAAGCUUUGGUCACAAUGAUAUUAAAUAUAGGGGAAAUUUUAUCAAUGACACUUCACUCUGUUUUUGCGAAGAACAAGGAGAUAUGUAAAUAUAUAUUCAUCUCAUAAUUCUGUAUUGAUGGAUCCCCUCCGUCAUAAAAAUAAAGCACUUUUACAUAACAAAAAGACAGGGCUCAAUGCAUUAAGUAUAAAAAUGUGGGGGGCACACUGAAGAUGUUUUCAUAACGUGUUUUUCCAAAAGGAAACAAGGACACACAACUAAGCAGAAUGAUUGAUAAACUUAAACACAAAACGUUAAUCAGGUUUUAAAUCUUUUCUGGGUCAAACUGUAACUUUGACAUUCAGCCUACGCAGUUUAGGUGUAACAACAUCUGUAUCCUACGCUCUUUUUGUUGAAUAUAUGCCUGUAAAUGAUUGGUUUUAGUGGAACCACAGCCCCUGAGCACAGGUAACACACAGUAUAAACGUGAGGGUCUGGGUUUCUUUUUAGCAAAUACUCUAUUUCCGCUCUGUUCAUGAAGACUUGGGCAUUCAUUUAUUUAUCCUCUUUAUAAUUUUCUGAAGGUUAUUUACUCAUUUAUUAUCCUUGUGUGUUUCAUUUAGUGUAAACAUCUAAAGUAUUGCAGGAAACUAUUUCACAAUAAGAUAGGAUAAGGUUACCAUUGCAGAUUACUUUCUAUCAUGAUUGGCUGUAGAGGAUUCAGCUUUUGUAUGUAGAUUUUUGUAUACGAUGUACGAAGUGAAAUGAUGUUUUUUUUUUUUUUUGAGAAAUGUUCUGAGGAAUGAUCUCAGAGUCAGAGCUUCUUUUCAGCCGUCAGUCUUAUUUCUGUUUGUAGGACAGCUCAUUUCUUCUUGUGCCACAUUUUCUCCCUCUGUCACAGUUUUUCUAAUCAGGCAGAUUUAAUCUGGUUGCAGCAGUCAUUAAUCUCCACCCCUGCUGCAUCAGGAGGGUUUUGACUUCCCUCUGACUUUCCUUCUCGUUUGAAGCUCAAUCAUGGUGGGAGAAUGAGCGAACUCUUUUGCUAAAUGAAUUUUAUAUCAGCUGUUUCACGGUCAUUAGAUUCACUAAUGCUCUCUUAUCAUUUUCUGCUCUGAUUGUAAUAGACUGAUAAUGUGUUUUUAAUCCAUGAAUGACCUUCUCACCCUUUUUUCUGCCUUUUACCCUCCUCUGCCCUGUCCACCAGGAUUUGCUGUGAACCUCCAGGUGAUUCUUGCAAACCCACGGGCACAAUUCAAGCGUCGUGGUUCCCAGCCGGGGAUGCAGGAAUCUGAUUUCCUCAAGCAGAUCACUAAGGUGACUGAGCUGGAGCCCAAAGCCAACAACUGCAGUCGGGUCAGUAUUUUACAUGGAUUUAAUUUUUGGUUUAAAGCCACAAAGAUCUGCAAACAUACAUUUAUUUCAUGGGUUAUUCAAGGUAACCACCUCUCAGGUUACAUCAGUCAGCUGUCUAGUGAAGCUUGAUUUGUGGUCCACAGGAGUUAUUUUUAACUCAUGACCUGAUACUGGAGCCUGGCAGCCUGCUCUAUUAGACCAUUUGGAAAUUAACGAACCUAAUUGAAAGCCAUAAUGACAUUUCCUGCUCAACAGACAAAGGUCUUUAACAGAUUUGUGUGAGCUCUUUUAAUUUCAACACUUUUCUUUGACACAGACCUGCUUCCACAGUUUUCGCACCUUCUUUUUAUUCAGCUUUUCAGUAGAACCUAAAAACCUGUGUUUGUUUUCUUCAAAGUCCUUUACUUAGCUCCUGAAAGUGGGCCUUCUACCGAUGGAAAUAAAAUAUCUGGAGACAGACUGAGGAAUUUUAUUCAAUCAGACCAGAACGUGGUUCAGCACAGCCUGGUUAUGACAAGAAAAUGGCAAAGCAAAGAGUGGCCGUAGCCUCACAACAUUAUGGGCUAAGGAGGGGGACUUGGAAUUUCUAAACUUCGAGUCGGAAAUUCAUCUAGAACGCCCCCCUGAAGUCGGAUUUCUGACUCGGAAAGUCGGAUGAUCCUCACCAACCCCGACUUGAUGACAACCUCAUAAUCCAAGAUGGCAGCACAGUGCAUCAACAGUAAAGAGUAGCAGUGAAAGCUCUCAUAAUGUAUUAUUUAUUGGCACUUCUGUCUUGUUUUUGUAAAAUUAAAUAUGUACUGCCCAACAUCUAACUGUGAACAUGGUGCUACGGUGUUUGUAAGAGUAAAAUACUGUGUUAUGCGUUGUUUACAACUCAUUUAGCUAACAACAACUAACAACAACCGACAACGGCUAACGAUAGCUGACAAUUGUAAAAAACAGCUAACAACGGCUAACAGUAGGCGUCCAUCUUGGUUUUCUGACUUGUUUACUGGAACACCGUCAACUCAGGUGUAACAUCAUUCCCAGGUUCGACAUCCGACUUCUGAGGUACCUGGAACGCAGCAUUAAAGUUGAGGUUGAGUCACUCUAAAGUCAAAUACUAACAUGACUUGAGACUUGAUUUAGACUUGAGGUUUGGGACUUGUGGACUAUUUAUUUAUUUAUUUGUCUCAAUAACAUCAGAAUGCAGGUGUCAUGGGGGGAUUCAGGGUGUAGCCGGGGGUGUCCCUGUCCCAGCCGUCACUUCCCUCCCUUCCGAAAUUUAGUGAAACACCCCAAUAUCCAACACUGUGAUUGGCUGUUUGCCUCAUCAUUUAUGGGACUUGUGUUACAGACAGUCAACUUUUUGGCUCGAGCUGUGAUUUACUGCACUGUGUGCUGCUUUCUUUGCCAUUCAGUGAAGCACAUUAUCUGUUAGUUCUUUAAAUCAGGACUUUGAACAGAUAUCUUCCUUUGAGUCCAAAAGAGUUUAAGCUUGAAAAUCUAAGGUUAUGUUUGUGUGCUGUGCAUCAACCAACAUACCUGGUACUCUUCUCUAAACACUUUUUAUUCAUUUAUUUAUUUAUUUGUGGCCUUUAUUGAUCAGGUCAUGAGGGGAAGUGGAAGUAUUCAGAUUUAUUAACCACUGUUUUGGGGUUUUGAACAGUCAGAAUUAGGUAUUUAGCAUAGGCAGUUUUAUUUGUAAGAGGGCUGGAUAAGAAAGAGAGGUAAGACACAAUCUGUGCAUGCCCCAGUAGACGUUCUUUGUCUAAAUAUCAGCUUGCACGACUUUCUAAAAGGGCUUUUGUGUUUGGUGUUUUUCUGCCAUUAAAAUAUGGACUUACUGUCCAUGCACUCUCGAGCAUGCACACACACACACACAAAAAAAAAAAUCUGUAUACCUGGCUAUUUGAAAGUCUGCUCUUGGACCACGCUGUUGGAGUUUUUGCUCUCUGUAAAAUGGAGGAGGUUUUUCACCUUUUCACUCCUGGCAGUCUAAGCUGUUUGUUUACAGCAGCAGGAUUUAUAAGUUGUUUUAUAAGUGUUUUAUCAGACUGCUCUGACCUGCAGAUCGGAGGAGGAUAGCACAGACUUGGGUUUAAUAAAAGCCAAAUAUAUAGGCUCACUGCUAUUGCUUGUGUGUUUGUGUGUGGCACAGUCAUAAUAAUGGCUGCCAUCACAGCAGUAACUAACCAUGGGGGAUCUCUCUCCUCUGUUGACAGCAUGACUCAUGCUUUAAGCUGGUGGCUCGGGCUAAACUUAGACACACACACACAGCUCCACAGGAAUGGCGUUAUAGCCCUAUCAAUUCUACUUGUGUGCUUAGACAGCCAAGAUCGAUACAGCUCAUCUCAAAUCACCACAGCCCCUGUUGGCGCUUGGUUUUAUGAAGCCACUCAUCCUCUUGACAACCAUCACAAAGACUGUGUGUGUGAAAUGGAUUUUUUUAUUUAAGGAGAAAAUAGGAGCUAAAAGUUCCCAGUUGUUGCAAACCAGCACCAGCUCUGCCAUUUCGAUUCUGACCCCAAAUGUUUACUUUGAAUAAAUGGAGUAGGAUAAAGACUCAAAGAGCUUCUGGAUCAUCAUUCAUAGCAGCUGCUGCCUCUGCAGACAGCUCUGCGGUGAAACUGUUUUUAAUUUUUUACCAGAACCUGGGCUUAACCAAGGAGCAGCAAAGUCUGGUCUCUCUAAAUUUUCUGCAGUUUUUGCUCUAUUUUUCGUGUUUUUGUUGUGUUCUGUUGGAUGCUGAUGGAUAUUUCUUUAGGGAGAGAAGUUUGCGAUUCUUUCAUUGAGACAGAGCAAAUCUGAACAACAACAUCCAAUUCCAAAGGACAUCUGGAAUUGUUUUCAUGGUUGCUGUGUCAGUGAAGACAAAGUUGAAGACUAGGGAAUAAGGGUAUAAGCCUUUCUUCCAUCAGUCAUUGUGGGAAAUAUCAACUCUCUGCCCAUCAAAAGUGAUGAGCUGGAGAUAUCGGUGAAGACUGGGAAAGCGGGCCAUGACUGCAGUCUCCUGUGUUUUACUGAAACCUGGUUGAAUCAAAACAACUCAGACUCCAGUGUGGAUCUACCUGGCUUCACUCUCAUAAGGUCAGACAGAGAUGCUAAAGCUAGUGGCAAGAAGAAAGGAGGAGGUCUGACUUUAUUUGUUCACCAGAGAUGGUGUAACUCUUCACACAAAACUGUCAAGGAGACAAAGUGUUGUCCAGAUAUUGAACUGUUGGCAGUUGCUCUUUGCCCAUAUUAUGUUCCAAGGAAGUUCAGUAACAUCCCAACAAUACUUUUAUACAUGUAUUCUCCAUGAUACUGUUGCUAGGAUACAGACUCAGUAUCCUAAGGCACCAAUAAUAAUACCAGGAGACUUUGACCAUGUCACCCUCUCUUCUGACCUGACUGAAUGAACACAGUUUGUUAAAUGUCCAACCUGAGAGAAUUUCUCAUGAGAUUCCAGACAAGUAAGUUCCCCUUUGGGUAUGAAUAAUGUUCUUGUACUGUUUUGUAUUGUAUCCUCACCAGACCCAUUACACUAAUGGUGGUAUACUGAGUCCUGAGACUGUCACCAACCACCACCAUUGUGUGCACUCAUUUCACUGCACUCACUCUUUCACACAAAAAACGACAUCUGCUCAAUGCAACUACUCCAGCUGCAAUAAAAGGAAGGCCUGUCUGUUCUGGAAAUUUGAUCCUCUCUGAUCCUGUUCCAGAGAUUAUCAAAUCAAAUCAAACUUUAUUUAUAUAGCGCUAAAUCACAACAAUCAUUAACCCAAGAUGCCUUCCAAGAAAAAAAAGAGUGGGUUUAGACCACGUUCAUUGUUUGAUGAAUUACCAAGACCCAACCUUAAGAUGGGGCAGAUUUGACCCAACUCAUCUAACAUGAGUGACAGUGGCAAGGACAAACUUCCUUUUGACAGGCAGAAACCUUGAACAGGACUAGACUCAUAUUAGGCAGCCACCUGCCGCCACUGAGUUGGGGAGAAAUACACAGUGAGAGAGACAGAGAGAGAUUUAGAGAGAGAGAGGAAAAGAGCUAGGGAGACAGAGGGAGGGAGAAAAAGAGAGUGAAGGUGAGAGAGAGAGAGAGAGAGAGAGAGAGAGAGACAGAGAGAGAGACAGACAGGGGACAGCAGAUAUCUGUGAUGCAAUCUUUGUUUUUGUCCUGAGCUGUAAAACCAAGUGUGCUUGAAGCAAAAUCGUCCUCUUGCCAACCAUAACCCAUGAUGGCCAGUCAUUAAUAUUUGUGUUGAAAUAUAGGACUGAACGGCAGAGUGACAUAAGUUAUUAAGUCACUAAACAGCCAUUCUUCUUAAUGUGUCUGAGAGACUUUAGUAUCAUUAAAGCUUGUGGUUGGUCUGAGCAUUUGAGAUUGAAAUGAUUUAGCAUUGAUUCCCUCCUGGCAACAGCCACACAGUCGUACUCCAGGCUCCAUCUACUUCAAGGAAAGUAUCAGGAUCAGAUCACAGAGCCUCAAUCUGACCUUCACAAUGGAGGGCAGAAAUGCUCAUCUGAUGGCUGGGUCAGUAUCUGCAGACAGCUGACAGGAUCUGUAAUGUAGUUAGAGAGAGAGAGUAAUGGCAACAGACAGCAGUGACAGGACAAGAGAGGAGGGGGAGGCAGGAACAGAUGGAGACAGAUGAUAGUACAGGAGGAAGAGGAGAUAGAGAGGAGAGGAGGGAGAUGAAGAGCUCUGCAGAGAAGAGGGGGGUGAGUCUGUUGUAUUGACUGGAGGUAGAGUCCAAAAAGAAGACAUGUGAGACAGAAAAAGGACACAGAAACGUCUGGACUCUAUUGCAUUUUCAACGACUCUGGAUCUGAUCCUAGAAGCACAAUGAGUCCAUUUUACAUAGAUUUGUUCCAUUCAGGGAAACUUCUGCUUUUUACAUGGCUCUAGAGUUGGAUGUUUUUAGUUGGACUUCUGUCCUUGUCCCAGUUUACACGCACCAGGUGAAAAUAAAACUACUGAUAGAAGCAUGCAUGUGUCUGCGAGGGUAAGUGGCGACACACCACCUUUGAGUUCGUUACUGCUGGGUAGUCUCCUGGUUGAGCUACAAAAAAAGCAAAUGCUUUAGCACGUGGACAAAGGGAUGUCGAAACAUUGAAAACAAAUGUCAUUUUUACAACUUGUUUACUAUCUUGUUUCCUUGCAAUCCAACUGUGUAACAGACAUAGACUGUAUAUACUAUGGACAACUUGGUUCUGCCUUUCGCCAGUAUAUGGACUUGAAGCCGAAAAGCUCCUGGUAUUUCCGUUUUUUUCUCCGCUUCCUGAAACCAACAUUGCGCAGUAGUGUUGUACGCAUUCGGCAGGAGAGUCGCCGAGAGUCGCUGUGAUGAUGCUCGGCUGUGCAAUCUUUGUGCGUCUAUAGGCUGUAUCAAGUGUCAAUCAUAGAAAACAUGAACCCCCUAUAAAUUUAAAAAUGGAGCUGUACAGAAAAAAGAGGAUUGAGCACAAAUCAGUCUUACAAUAACUACAUGUCAACAUUGCAAGCAGGGGAAGAAAAUUUUAUAUUCUUUGUAAUAAAAAAGUUUGUCCACAGCUUCAUAGGGAUUGCUGGAGGAGGCGAGAUUUAUGACCUAUUCUGCAGUCUGUCACCACAGAGUGCUGUUCUCACGGUGGCUUCACCCAGAGAGGAGACAGACUGCGUCCAUUCUAUAUACAGUCUAUGGUUACAAACUACACAAGUCUGACAUGCGACCUCUGGAGCAUGUGCAGCAUACUUAGGCCUGUUUAAAGUGAUUGAGCGAAUGCAUAGAAGAGAAACUUGAUCCUAACUGUGUCGUCUGGUAAACGACCUGAAAAAUCAGUUUAUAACACAUUUAGCAAAAUUCUCUUUCAAUAAGUAGAUUUGAGUUCCAGACUAUAUUUAAAGCUUGAAAUGGAUUGUUUUAUACCUUUGUUUUUUACAUAUUCAAUGCUAAUCAAAAAAGUUGUAAUCAAAUGCAACACAAAGUGUGUAUUGCCUUAAGUUGUGUCCUGGCAGGCUGGUUUAAUAUACCUACAGAAAACAGCAGUGGUCAAAUCUGGUGGCCUCUUGUUUUCUUAAUGGCAAACUGUAAAAGCUGAGGCGGUUACAUAAAGUAAAGAUUUUGCCAGAGUCUGGACUCUGGUGAGGAGGUGUUAGCUGAUUAAAAAAUGAUGAAGCUGAUGAAACUGUGAAGGGAAAUGAUGGCAUGCACAUAAUGAGAGCAGGGAUGAACUUUCAGAUGACAGCAGAAGAUGACAGGCCAACCGUCUGGAUGUGACCGGGUGAUAUCUGAGCUGACAGCAUCAGACAAUGACAGCAGGAAAUUAUGAACACUUCCCCUUCUGCCCACUCUCUCAGGAAGACCAAGCUCUGCCUGGUGAUGGACACAGUUUGGGAUUUUUCCAGGAAGUGUUGCCUUGACUCACAUAUUUUAACAUGCCGAAGAAUGAUAAGGCAACUAAAAGGACACAGCACUAUUUGAUUAAAAUAUUAUCCUAAAAUCUGAAUGGUACACUUUCUAAUUCAGUAGAAAAGGUCCCCACAAUCAAAGUCCAGAAAAACAUUGAAUCCAAAAAUAUUAUGUUUACUGAUAACUUCAAAGACUGUAUUCUCCAGCUCAAGUUGUCUGUGAUCCACCUGAUCAUUUAAGAGUGGGGUUUGGGGUAACCUUGGCUUAAAGGUGGGGUAGGCAGGAUCUGAAUAAGCGCCAGUUUUUGGGGAGAAAUCUUGAAUGUAAACUCUACCCCUCCCAACCAGUUUUCCCCUCAGCUCCUCAUCUCUCCUCCCUCUCUCCUCCAGCAAGCCCCGCCCACAAACAGAUGUUCCUGCUCACUCAUAUCGUUUCAGUUAAAUUCAGAUAUAAUGUAGAUAAAUACUUCAGAUGAUUAGAAUGGGGCCCAGUCAACAUGAAAGUAAAAAGCAUUGGUGCUACUGCAGAUGCCAGCAGACUACCAGCAAACACAAUGUUUGCAGGACUUCAACAAUGAGGAUAAAGUGACAAAGUCCAGGACUGAGGUAAACAGUUAAGCGGCGCUACAACAUGCAGCAGAUCCUGUUUGACAAGAAACACUUCUGUUACACUUGGCUUACUUUGUUAAAGCGGUUUACCUGUCCAGUAGAAAGGUUACAGAGUCUGUAAGAUCCUGAAGCGUUGCCCAACGUUUAGGCGUCAUUGAUGUUGACUCGGCUUUUUAGCUCUUUUCCAAGCUACCUUCUUUUCAAGCGCCCGUUAUUCCAUCAGAGUCUGCAGUAUUUACUACGUUUUCUUGCUUGUGUUGGCAGUCAUGGCCAAAUAAGGAUUCAGACAAUUUUCUGUACUUUCUGGUUGGUUUCUUCUGUCUAAUAUUGUAGCACGUUAACUGUGUUGGAGCUCGUGAAUGUUAUUCAAGGAAGUGGAGCAUGCUUCACAACACGGAGGAGCAGCAUCUUCCUCACAACCAAUCAUGUUGGGGGAGGCGGAGAAUGGCUUUGUUUACAGUCAGAAUGAGAGGGCCGCUCAAAAAUUGUAAAGUGUUGACUACACAGGCAUAACAGAACACAGCAAUAUUAUAAUAUUCCCUAUUGACUGAUAUUAAAAGCUUCUUCGUAUAUACACCACAAAAAAAGAUGCUUCUUUAACGGAAUCCUGUCUACCCCAUCUUUAAAAACUAGAAAGUACAAAGACCUUUGCACUGUGGUACUGAGCUACCCUGAAUCCCCACGAAGGGAAGUCCUCACCAUGACAGCCCGAAUAAGACUGCAGAAACACUCAUGUCACUGAUGGAGAGAUUCUACGGUCAGAUCUUAAGGUCAUAAACAGGCAACAGUUGUUGUUGCUGUGUCUCCCGUGUGUACACUGUUAAUGUAAGUGAUAGAAAUGAUAAAAACGACUAAAGUUGGAGCAGUUUUUCCGUGAACUAAAUUUUAAGCACAGUCAUAAGAUGGAUGUUACUUAGAGGUAAGCCCAGGACUGUUGUGCUCCUCCUCAUUUCCUCCUCCUGAUGGAGAGAAACAGGUCUGUCCUCUCUUUAUGCCAUUAAGGGGGUAAAAAGAAUCUCUAAACCGGUAAAGCUUUUUGUCUUCACGUGGCCUCAGGGAGGAGUGGAGAGAUGGAGCAAGGAGAGAGGACGGUGAGGUAAAAACAGGAGGAAAGCCAUGAGGGGAAAAAGUGGAAGUGAUGAAUGAGGAAAAGAAGAGCAGAGCGAGAGUAAGAAGGAGGGGUGUGUGAGUCCAGGAGGACACUCUGACUGUGUAAUUGGUGCACACACACACACACACACACACACACACACACACGCAUACAGGUGCACAGAUGCAUGCACACACACACAUUCGGCAACGAUUUUCCCACAGCGCUGGAGUGAUGCUUAGGCGGCGGCUACAUUAGCCUUGUUAGAUAUGCAAAGUGGGCCAAUUAGCAGCCAAGUGUGCAGGAAGUGACAUGUUCCACCUGAAGAGGCCCAGAGACACCGGCAGUGAUCAGGGCGAGCAAUAAAUCAUACCUGUGUGUGCCUUUGUGAGAGAGUGUGUGCUGCUUUAGACACAGAAAUGUCACACAUACAUGAAUUAUAAGCUCAUUAGAUAGUGACUAAAAAAAACACUCUUAAUCCGAAAAACCUCACCUGAACCUCUUGGGAAUUGAAGUCAUCCUUCUCUCCAGGAAAAUACCAAUCGUCGCUGGGCUGCAGUGUUUUCUCAGCUACAUAUUGCUGUGAAAUUGGCUGCAAACACAAAGACAAACAGCUGCGGUGAGGUGUGUGCUGCUGUUGUUGAUUUGAUCCGCUUUGGAGAGGUGUCAGACUGUUUCCUGAGUGUGGAGCUCUCCUGGCUCACUGCGGAGCGUCAAAUUCAACAGCAGGGGGAUACAAUGCAAUCUCUGUUUUCACAGAACGCAGCAGUGUCUGUCUUUUGACAGAUAUUUCAUCAGAACAUCAUCAAGGGAAGAUUCUCUCCUCAAAGAGUCUUUUCAACAGAGAAAAGAGCUUCAGAAAUCCUGUAACUUUUUUGGGUGUCAGUCUUCAAAAAGGCAACGAAGUGAGGGGUCAUAUAGAAUUGUCUGAUCUGGAGCCAGAGCAAAUAAUCUGUUUGCAAGAUCAAACAGGUUUGGCAAUCGAUUUAAACAUUUGAGGCAUUUGAUGAAGAGAUAAGUUUGACAUUUUCUGACUCCAGCUUCUUCAGUACAAGUGUUCCCACUAUCUCUCCUUCUCUCUGAUGGUUAACUCAACCUUGUAGAACCUAGGCUUGAAAUUGCGAUCAUUGUGGUCAUAUACGCUCCUGAAAUUACAUGGCAACAACUAGUCUUCAGAAAUGAAGUGGCUGUAGAAGUGUUGAGCAAGACUUGCUCUGCUUUGGUGGCAGGCCAUCAGAUAAGCCUGCAAAUUUGUUGUUCACAAAGUCAAUGUCUUUGUCUUUUAUUUUCCAUCUAUCAUGUGAACCCUAAAUACUUCCACACAAACUCUUUUUAAGGGCCUGAGUCGACGCUGCAAGCAGCAGGAAAUUGCAGUAGUUAUUAAUUAUCAUUAUUAAAGAUUUUCAUCUUAAACCCCCGAAAUGGGCUCAAAAACUCAUGAAAUUUGGCAGGCGGGCUGAAAUUUGCAUAUUUGGGAAUAUAUACAUAUUGGCAAUGCUCUCUUUUGGAGAGGCCUUGAUUUAUGUUUUUUUGAAACACAAGUUUUAAUUAAAAUAUUUUCAUACAACCAUCCAUUUCAUGAAUAAGACAUGUUACAGUUGUAGAAAUGUUGUAGAAAUAGAUGUGAACGAAAACAUGGAAGUGCUUUGUUCCACCUCGAGUAGGAGUAUCUGUUAUUAAGGGUCUUGGUUCUUAUCUUUCUAAUGGUUCUUAUCUUGGUACCUAUCUUUGUAUCCUCUAUCUCUUAUCUUUGGUUUUUGCCAAUUCUGGCACUCCAGUCUAGUCCAGUCCAGUCGAUGCAUAUCUUGUCUUUAUGCCUCAGCAGGGUCAUGUGGCAGUGAAUCUCAUCCUGUUGACUUCUGACAGUCUAACAGUCUAAUAUAUCAUUUAAUGUGGGAAAUAUAAAUACAGGAGGUUCUCAGCUAAUUCCUAAAGACACAGGUAUCAGCUGAAAGUCCCAUACUCCAGUUUCAGGCAGUAACAAUGACAAUAUUAAAAUCAUCAGUUGAAUCACCAAUGCUCUUAUUUGCUUUUAAAUGUUAUUAAUAUGGAUUUCAUUAUAUUUUACAAACAUCUAAAAACUCCGUAGAUGAGGUCACUCUUUUUUAAAGCAGUGCUCAGUAGUGUUACAAGUAUCUAAAACUUCCUGAUGGGUAUUCUAACUAAAUUUAAAAUCGAUAUGAUCAUUAAAUCUCAAACAGUUUAAACAUGUGCAUAUUUUUACUACUGUCCUUGUUAUUUAUUAUCUGUUCAGAGGCAGUAAAACUUGGCCCAGACUAUCAGGUGUCAGCUGAUGCCUGCUAAAAAUACUGCACAUCAAUAUCAGAGUUUAGUGUAUCACAGUAUCUGUGAAGCUCUGCCAUCAUCCACUUGUAUCUGCGCCAUGUUUAUCCGAGCAUACCAGCCUUUUCAGUCUUUAUUUAGAGCCAAGUGUUUCCUCUGUCAGCACAUUUUCUCAUCCUCCCUCUCAUUUUCUUUUUCAGGUACUGGUCUGGCACACUCGCACAGAGAAACCGCACCUUGCAAAUGAGCCCAAACACCGUAAAGACACUGUGGUCAUUGAGGUGUGAGCGAGUCUGCAGUGCGAGGAGAGGAGAGGAGAGGAGAGGAGAGGAUCCAAAACCAGAUGAUGAUCGCUGCUGGCCGUCAUCUUUUGGCUGGGACUGAUGACAGCACCCUGCUGUCUCUCCUUAUCAGGUUCAUACAAUCUGUUCAUGGUGGACACAGACUCUGAAAGAGCUGCAUGAUUUAAGACAUGUCUGUCAAACCUGCUGGAUGAGAGCUUAACGGCCGUGAAUAUGUGAUUUUACAAACUGGGAGGACUGGGACUGUUUAUUCCUCCCUGAACCACCUGCUGGUGUAAAAACAACAGAAGCAUAAAUGUGUGAAACAUGUUCCUGGACUGAAAAGUUGCCAUGUGAAUAAUAACUUCAUUUUGAAUCAAAUCAACUGUGAUGCUGGUAUUAUCACCUGAUGAACAAGUCUUGUGGAUCUGAUAAAUGUCGAUAUCUGAGUGUGAUUGUAAUGUUUGAAAUCUGUGCAUUAAAGGGCAAUGCCCACAUUUUUAAACCUAGGUUCAACUCAGUACAUCAAUUACUGACAAAAGUACUCAAGCCUCCUGUAGAUCGCAUCAGCCAGCAGCCGUGAAACUAGCUUUAAUUUCUUACAAACAUCACGUUUUUGCCCCAACACGUUCAGAUUGUUAUUGGAAUUUUUAGGAAUGAUAGUGAGAGGUCACCCGUCCAGCAUACUCUUGAAUAGAAUCAAUACGCUGUGUCACUUAACCGGAUAAACAAUACACACACACACACACACACACACACACACACACACACACACACACACACACACACACACACACACACACACACACACACAAAGUUCAGCAGCACUCCAAACAGCUGCAUGUAAUUGUCUAAAAAGAUGAUUUCGGAUAAAUUUUCUUAUCUGAAUUUUUAAAGAAGGCAAGCAAAAGUAUUUUACAAAACUGAUUUAAUUAACUUUCCUAAGAUGUACGGAGUUAAAAAAAAAAUGCUGAGCUAGAUUUCAUUAUUUGUUUUGCAUCAACUUUACUCUCCUUUUCUUUUUUUACUCACUUUGUCACCUGCCAAAAAGCCUGAAAAAGCCUCAGUCUUCAAGAAACAACCUCACCUUCUUCAUACUUUUCAUACGCCUCUAACCUGUUACAUGUUGACUUUUCCUUGAACAAAUAAACAGCUGUCUUCUUGUGAAGUUAUGCUCAAGGGCAAAAACUUGUUUCCAUAUAUUUCUUGGGUCAUAUAAAUCUCGAUAAUCUCACAGGUUGUAGUCAUUUCGCAGCCCUCCAACUGAGAAGCAGCAAAACACACGAUAAGAGUGAAAAUCAGGAGACGGAUCGAGGCAGCUUUCAGGCACUUCCCAACUGAACAAUUAAGUCACUGAUACAACAGAAAAAGAGAAACAUUUGCACAAUCAGUAUGAUUAAUUUAUAAAAGCCGCAUGCUUGUGUGGUUGUCAUAGUGACAUGCUGAAUAUCCUCAGUUUAUACAGUCAAUUAUUCAACCAAAACACCAUUGCGGCCCUUACGUCACAUUGUACCAUUCGCCACCUAAUGUGAAAUACAGGCGCCACAACAAACAUUUGCACUUUCGUGGUUUUAAUCUGUGAAAUAAUCAGAUUACUGGUGGCAACAUUUCUCUCUUCUGCAGUUGAGAUUUUAAAGUACAAUGUGGCGAAAUGCUAAAAUUAUUUAUGUUCCAGCUAUUGUGAAAUGACCACGAUUCGAUUAUGAAGGUUUACGCAACCUGUGACUCAAAACAAAGUAACAUACGAUUAAAUAAGUGAGUUUCCUACCCUGGGCAUGACACCAAAGCGAGAUUGCCACUGUGGGAAUCUGGUUUAUAAAUCACGUUAAUAGAUGGGAGUUGAUAUGAGAAUGAUUUAUUGAUGCGUCUGUAACUUCACCCUGUACUGACCAUGUGUAAUGAACUGGAGACGCUGCUGCCAUCCUCUCACUGUGUCAGUAUGUGAAAUAACAAGUGACAUCUCUGCUGACAAGCUGCCAUCAAUAAUGUAGAGUCUGUGGGCGGACAACAAAGUCAACUCACCCCGCAAACAAACGCACCCGCCAGCCGAGGAAUAAAAGGACUGAACCGAGCAGACAGGAUGUAAACAGCACAUCAGACGGGAUGCUGAGAUGUGAAGGAGCUGUUUUCUUCUUCUGUCCUGAUCACCUGAGUUUAGAGGGGACUGUGUCUGAUGUAAACACAGGAAAUAAAAAACAAGAUCCAGGAUUCGACAGCCUUUAUUUCAGCGACCCUCCUGUUGAAACUCAGAACAGAAAGAAAGGAGCAAACAAAUGAAAAUCCAGGAAGUUCAAACGGUACCUUUACAGUUCAGAGUCACUGGACAAACAUGAACACAGACCUGUAUAUUUACAAUAAUGCACGAAAACCACUUUUUUUUUCUCUGUACUAGGCACCAGAAAUUGUAAACACAUUUGGAAAUAAACCUGGAGGACUUGAUUUAACAUGUUUAUGCGUGAGAGAGUGCUACAGUUAUUGCAUGGCAGAGGGACCCUGUGUGAACGGACAUGAAUCUCUGCUCCAGCACUCGGCAGUGUGUCUCUUUAACUCUGUGCGUAAAUCUGGGUUUGUAUGUAAUGUUGUCGUUCAUUGCUCAUUUGUUCCCAAGCCCUGACUUGUCAGAUACACAGCAGCUUGUCAGAGACCAACUGUCUCCAAAUCUGACACUGUGGGUAGUCCUCAAGCAUCAUUUCUGGACCCUGUUUUCAGUUUAUGAUGUACUUUUACGGUUGAGUGGCGUGGAGGACAACAAAAUGUUUGAAAUACAGACUAGGGUGGAUUUCUGAAAGUGAAGUCUGUAGUGAAGCCAGCUGCCCUAUAGGUCAGUCUCAGAAGGGAAGUGGUUCAAACUCUAAAAUGCCAAAUUUGUCUGAAACAGACCGUAGCAGCUUCUGCACAUCCAGAACCAACAACUAGAAAUGAUCAAGCAGCCGCUGAAGGGACAUUUGAUAACUUUUAAAGUGAAGUUUCAUGAGUUAUGUCUCUGUCCCUCCAGCAGAAACAGGAUGCUAGACAAACUUCUGAUUUAGGUAGACCAGGCUGAGAUUCUGACUCAAGCACUCAUCUCAGGGUAAGUGUGUACAUACAUCCCUAACUUAACUAGAAACAUGUUUUUAGUGGAUUUUAU